AUGUUUGAUUAUAGAACUGAAGGAGGGUGUGAUUUUAGUCCCAAGGUAGGUAAUAUUCGUCAUUCUCCAAUCGAACUUGUGUAUUUGUUGCAAUUAGUGCACUGUUGCGGCAGGCAAGUGAAUUGAUAGGGCUUGAGUUUUGUUGUUGUUAGGCUUAUAAUAGGACACCUUGCUAUUUUCCUGUAAUAAGGAUAGGAGGUGCGGUAGAGAUAAACAUUACUCCUUGUUUUGGAUUUCAAUUCCCUUAAUUUUUUUCCCUUAAUGUCCUAACUUUGUAGGCCAGAGGCUCCAGAGAUAAGAUAAACAGGAGGAGGAUUAGGGGGCACCCCUGUCUAAUACCAUUUGUAAUCUGGAACGGUGAGGAGAGGAAGCCUUCAUUUGAAACUUUGGUGGAAGGUACGUUAUAUAGUGUCAUAAUGCCGGCCACAAAGGCUGGAGAAAAUCUGUACCUGUACAAUACUUGUUUCAUGUAUGCCCAAUUUAGCCUAUCAAAGGCCUUUUCCACGAUAAGGCCUCCAAUGUUGCCAGACUGCAUAUAUGCAAUCGUGUUAAGAACUUUCCUCGUGUUAUCUGAUCCCUGUCUUUUGCGCACAAACCCCGACUGGUCAUUGUGAAUGGUCCUAGGUAGGAUUGUAUUGAAUCUAUUGGCAAUGAGUUUAGCAUAUAAUUUUGUGUCACAGUUUAAAAGAGAGAUUGGUCUGAAACAUUGGCGCAUAUUAGGGGAUUUUUCUGGAAAUGUGAGCCAUAAGCAUCUCUGGAGGUCGUACUCCUUUUGAAUAGCAGUUGUUGAACAACUUGAGAAUAUGAGACGUAAGGGUGUCACAAUACAUCUGAUAGUAGGCGUUAGUAAAGCCGUCUGGCCCUGGUGCUUUAUUUUUCGGUAGGUGCUGAAUUGCUUGUGCAAUUUCCUGGUGGUCAAAAUGACAAACCAGGAGGUCAGUGUCCAUGGGUAAAAGGCUCGGUAGGUUAGUUGUGAAGAGCUUUGAUUUUUGAAGGUUUUCAUGAGGAAAUACCUGUAGUGGCUGUCACUGUAACGGUCAUUAGAGGUAUGUUCUUUUACAAAUGUGAACAUUGCUGUUUCUCAGAGACCAUUUCUGGGACAGUCUUUGCACCAAUACCACUACAUCUUAAUGGACACAUAAUGAGUAAAGUGAAAUAUCCUAUUAAUCAUUUGCACGAUUUCUCAAGCUGACAGGGGGGCUUGGGAAGGUGAAAUAUCUUGUAAAUGGUUAAACAAAAAAAGAGGAAGAGAACCCAUGAACAUUUUUAACACAGCCACUACAAUAAUAUGUAGAUGAUAUGGAAAUCUGGGUGUCUCUUCAACUACCUCAGGACAAUGUGUAAUGCAAACCCCAUUAUAUCAUAACCAUCCUGGUUAGAUACUUACUCAUUCACAAAAUGUUGUAUUUUUUAUAUAUUUAAGGCUGGGCCUGUAGUUUUGGGAGGGGUUUUGGGUCCCCUUUUUAAGGGCCUCCAAUCCUAUCUUACAUACCGUUAUUGGUCUGGAGAGUUGAGUGUGACUACUUCCGGUCACUCACAAGUCGCCAUCUUGCUGUUUCUUACCUGUGUCCUCAUGGUCCUGGAUCCUGGCUCCUGUCCAUCUGGUUCUGCUUACCUGACCACAUACCAAACGCUUCCAGCCCUCUUCCUCCUCCAGCCCUCUUCCUCCUCCAGCCCUCUUCUUCCUCCAGUUUGAUGGAGACUAACCCGGAAGUGCUUGUUCGGCAAAUUUCAAUGUGAAAAAACUGAAACACGAGCCUUAUAUUUGACUCUGUAACUUUUGAAAACACCAUAAAAUCUGUACAUGAGGGGUACUGUUAUAAUCAGGAGACUUCACUGAACACAAAUAUCAGUGUAUCAAAACAGUAAAACAUAUCAACAAUUAUAUCAUCAGUUUAAGUUCCAUUUGUGUGAAAAAUGCCAAAUAUUUCACUUUCACUGACGAUAUCGUCAUUGUAAUACAUUUUACUGUUUUGAAACACUAAUAUUUGUGUUCAGCGAAGUUUUCCGAGUAAAACAGUACCCCCAUGUACAGGUUUUAUGAUGUCUUGGAAAGUUACAGGGUUAAAUAUAAUGCUAGCAAAUUAAAUUCUCUGGACUUUCUGCCUGGGUUAUCAGGCAGGUCCUGCAAAUUGUAAUUAAUAAAAUGACCUAAUUAUGUAAAAUUAUUACAUAAAUGUAUACAUACAAUUAUUAUAUGUAUACGUGUGUGUGUGUGUAUAUAUAUAUAUAUAUAUAUAUAUAUGUGUGUAUAUAUAUAUAUAUAUAUAUAAUUUUUUAAAGUAUUUUUUAUUAAUAUAUAGGCAUAUAUAGUGAUAUAUACAUAUAUACUUAUGUAUAUAUAUAUAUAUAUAUAUUAUUUCGUUCUACGUGUAUUUUGAUUUCAAUAUAUAUAUUCAUUUUAAAAUACAGUUAGAACGAAAUUACACACAUAUAUAUAUUUUCUAUUUAUUUUUUAUUAUUUUUUAAAUUUUAUUAUUAACGUAUUUACAUAUAUAUUUAUUUUAUAUUAUAUAGAAAUAUAUAUAUAAUGAUAAUUAUAUAUAAAUUAAAUCAAUAUCAUUCUACGUGUAUUUUGAUAUUAAUAUAUAUAUAAUUAUGUGUAUUUAUGUGUAUGUAUGUAUAUGUGUAUAUAUAUACUUAGAUCAUAUAUAUAUUAUAAAUAUAUAUAUAUGAUCUAAGUAUAUAUAAUGUUAUUUUAAACUGUUUUAAUUUUUUUUACAGACAGCAGGGGGAGUACCUUCUAUGAUUACCACUGUUCAUUUUCAGCAAAAGUGGCUGCAACUCUGACUCGGUUUAACUUCAGUAAGGAUUGGAGUAGACUAAAUUCUGAGUUAUUCUGCGUAUUUAAUAUCGAUGGGACCCUGGGCAAGCAUUUGCUUGGACCCCCUUGACCCUGUCCAAGCCCCCUCCCCCCAACCCCUAGCUCGCUGGCAUGCAAUCACGGCCUCCACCCCAACCUAGUGAUGGAACUAAUGUAAAUAGUGCAAUCAUUUUGGGGGGGUCUCCCCUCUAUCGCAAGAGUGGAGAAAAAAUAGAUACCCAUCUAUUGUACAACUCCCACGAUGCUAUGCCAGCUGGGGAUCUACCAUUUGGCCAUUCUUGUAGGGUUGUAUUUGUGAGCAGUGUUUGUGAAAUUGAAUGUAAGCAUGUUUUUGUAUAGAGUAUGUGUGUGCAUGUAGGGGUGUAUUUGUAUGUACCGUUACCAUUGGAAUGCAGUGGUGUACUGUACUGUUUGCAUGUCAGAGGUGUGUGUUUGCAUGUAGUGCUGGCUUUUAAAUGCAGGUGUGCUUUUGUGUAUAGAGUUGGUGUUUGUAAAAUAUUCUAGCAUUUUAAUAAAGGGGUGUGUUUGUAUGUAAUGUUUGUAAUUGCAUGCAGGGCUGUGUUUGAAUGUAGUGUUGUCUUUUAAAUACAGAUGUACAUUUGUGUGUAGUAUUGGUGUGAGUGAAGAGUGUGUUUGUAUACAAUUUUGGAGUUUGAAUUCAGGGCUGUGUUUGUAUAUAAUGAUUGUGUUUGCAGUGGUGUGUUUGAUUGCCUGGAUGUAUGCACUCAUAUUAACACAGAUAUACAUACACAUUGACACACAUAAACAAACUGAUACAUGGACACACCUGGACACAUGCACACACGUUGACACACAGAUACACACACUAACACAAACACACUGGCAUAUAUACACUCACUAGCACAUACAGGCUCCGGAGUCUCAUCCUCCCAACAGGGCUUCACAUAGUCCGGAUUGGAACUCUGCAAUUAUUGCAGAAGAUGCUUAGAUUAAUAUUGCUGACUGUUGUAGUUAUGAUGUUUGGAGUGUUCUUUUACAUGAACACUAUAACGUUAGGAAUACAGAUCUGUAUUCCCCUGUCCAUAGUUAUAUUCAGGCCCCUAGACCUGAUGCAUGUGUGUAGAGCGGGCCACCUGCCAAUUCAACGCUUCUCAUAGGAAAGCAUUGAAUCCAAGGCUUUGCUAUGAUCUUCCGUGUCACAUGACCACAUUUAACUCUCUCAGUUAAAUGGGAGUACCUCUAAUGGCUAUUUAACCCUUCCAGGUCAAUAUUGCCUUCUGCAAAAUUGCAUUGUUUUACCUUGAAGGGUUAAACAUGCAGGACCACAGCACCCAGACCACCUCGUUGAGAUAAAGUAAUCUGGGUGAAUUUAGUGGUCCUUUGAUAAAUAUUUACCUUAUAUAAAAUUUUAGAUACAACAUAGAGAAAGAACUCCUAGUUGCAUUCACUAAUGAAAUGUGCUGCGUUCGCCUGUGAUUUACAGUCAACUUGUUUAGGAGCAGUCAAACAUAAACUUAGGUUCGUUCCAGUAUCAGGAUAAUAUCCCAGGAGAGGUCCUCUGCCACAAUGAUCAUACAGAACUAACACUUCAACAUCAGCAGUGUUAGAUAGUAACUCCCAUUGACACGCUUUGUCCCUCCCAUGGAUGUAUUCCCAGGAGUGGAACCCAGGCACAGAGAAGUCACAGUCUCAGAGAGAUCAGUAAGAGAAAGCAUCGGAGAAGGAUUUACCUGAUAUCACCUGGUGAGUGCAUUUUAUAGUUGGUUAUUUAAUCUGCAGAGUGUGUGCAAUCUAGCAGUAUGCUGUAUUCUUUUACUGUACUGUUCAUGAUUUUCUCUGUCACUGUCUCCUCUACUUCGACUUUCCUUCUCUACUUCUCUGAGAUAGCUCCUUCUCCUCACUGUCAUUGCUCUUUUCCGAUCUCUUCUCCAUCUACUGCCUCUCUCCAACUACCAUUACUUUCCCUGCUUUUAUCUCGCAGUUCCUUUUUCUACUUCUCUCCAUCCAUGUCUCCUACUUUCUGUCAUUGUCCUGUCUCCUUUUUCUCUGUCAUCGUUUUUGUUCUCUCUUUCUGCUUUAUCCUCUCUCUUGUAUUUCUGUCACUGUUCCUUAUUCUCCACUCCCUUUCCACCAUCAUCUAUUUUUAUUUUUGGACGCUGCCUCUUAUCAUUACCCAUUUUCUUGUGUCAGUUUAUCAAACCCCCUGACUUGUUCUGUCCUUUCCCCUGCUUCUCUCAAGGUCUUCUAUGAACCAUUUCUUCUGGUAAAAUACUUAAUUCCUAAGGGUGUAAAAUAAAACUAGCUAGAAUAGCCCAUCUCUAAAACAAGCACGUUAUGUUAAAUCAGCAUGAUACUGUAUCUUAAAUCAUAAGUGCCCACGGAUCCCAUCUGUAGUGGAGCCCUAGUCCUAGCAGGUACCUUUCUCUGCUGGAUCCACAAGAGUAUAAUCAGGAACAAGAAAAAUGCCAAAGAAAUAGCCCACCUUCUCCCCAGCAACUGGACGACACACACAAGUCUGGGAGUACGACUGGCUUUAUUCCUGCCACACACGGCUUUUAUACAUUGCCCCUAGCAUGGGGUUUCUAAGCAAAAAAUACAGGACUUUUCUUCUCAGGAUCCUCUGUGCAUGAGAGAUAAUUGAGUGAGAAAAAGCUAUAACUUAAUUAUCUCACAGGUACAGAAAAAUAUACAAUAUUUUAAAACACCCCAAACUCACUCACUGGCAUAAAUACACUCACUCCCUGACAGACACUCACAUACAUACACUCACUCACUGACAGACACACACAGACACUUACUGACACUCACUAACAGACACACAAACACACACUCACUGACAGACACUCACUGACAGACAUACACACACUCACUGACAGACACACUCACCCACAGACAUACACUCACUCACUGACAGACACACACACAGACACUCACAUACAUACAUACAUACACUCACUCACUGACACACACACACACACACACACACACAGACACUCACUGACAGACACACACACACACAGACACUCACAUACAUACAUACACUCACUCACUGACACACACACACACAGAGACACUCACUGACAGACAUUCACUCAUACACAGACACUCACUGACAGACAGACUCACACACACUAACUGACAGACAUACACUCACUCACUGACAGACACACACACAGACACUCACUGACAUACAUACACUCACUCACUGACAGACACACACACACUGACAGUCAAACACUCACACACUCAGUGACACACACACAGGCAGACACUCGCUGACAUACAUACACUCACUCAGUGACAGACACACACAGAUAGACACUCACUGACAGACAGACACUCACUCACUCACUGACAGGUACACACACAGACACUCACUGACAUACAUACACUCACUCACUGACAGACACACACAUACAGACAGACACUCACUGACAUACAUACACUCACUGACACACACACACACACACACACUGACAGUCAAACACUCACUGACAUACACACAGGCAGACACUCACUGGCAUACAUACACUCACUCAGUGGCAGACACACACACAGGCAGACACUCACUGACAGACACACACACUAACUGACCCUCAAACACUCACCUCCCUGGGGUCCAUAGAAACAUAGAAACAUAGAAACAUAGAAUGUAACGGCAGAUAAGAACCAUUCGGCCAAUCUAGUCUGCCCAAUUUUCUAAAUACUUUCAUUAGUCCCUAGCCCUAUCUUAUAGUUAGGAUAGACUUAUGCCUAUCCGACGCAUGCUUAAACUCCUUUACUGUGUUAACCUCUACCACUUCAGCUGGAAGGCUAUUCCAUGCAUCCACUACCCUCUCAGUAAAGUAAUACUUCCUGAUAUUAUUUUUAAACCUUUGUCCCUCUAAUUUAAGACUAUGUCCUCUUGUUGUGGUAGUUUUUCUUCUUUUAAAUAUAAAAGAGCUCCUCACUCCUCCCGCCCACUGUUUAGUAUGCUGGGGGCCGGAAUGACAUCAUAUUCCGUCUCCCCGCAUCACAGAGGACGCGCGAGGGAGGAGUGAGAGGCUGCAAGAACAGCCUUCCUCACCGCCUGGCUUCUCCUUCCGCCUCUCCUCCGGACUGUCACCGGCAUUUGUUGUCAAUGCAGGCACCUGUCAUCAAGGUAAGCAGGUUCCUGCUCUGCCUUACCUGUCACAGCUUUGGGGGCGCCCUGAGUUGGCCAGAUGGCCACCUCCUGCCCCCCCUGUGCCCAGUGCUGCGUCCCCAGACAGGAGCAGGCAGCCCACCAGAAAACAUCCCGGCGGGCGCCCUAGUUCGUCUAACGGUUGUGCCGGACCGGCCCUGUUCGGUAGUUUAUGCCUCCUGAAGGCCGUUCUUCUAACUGUUCAGGAAGUUGGAUGGGCUGCCCGUGUUCGGAGACAUAAUGGCGCCAAUUGUUUGAACACGUGUGUUAGGUUAUAAAAACAGCGGCCACACAGGGAAAACACUUGAACUAACAACCAAUUUGUGGUUAACAGCCAGGGGUGGUCAGUGACUAAAAAGAACAAACGGAGGUAUACGGACAGCCGAGCAAAGGGAAUAAAAGUAUAUUUGGGUUCUCCAUUCCGCUACACCAUCCUCUGAAUUAGCUAGAGCCAUAAUCAGCAACCUAAUAUUUUAUAUGAUAAAAUCACUUAUAUUCUACACUCCCUCUCUCUAAAAUAAGAACCCCAAACAAAUAUGUUUAAGCUUUCCCACCUAUUCUCAAAUCAUAUGGUUUAGAGUGGUGUUAGCCCAAUAAGUUUAUACUAAUUUAAUAAUACGCACUUCAGCAGGCAAUGAGGUGGUGUUGGUAAAUACAGACGGCCAGACCCUAUCUUGGGUGAUUAGUAGUAUUUGGUAGUUAUUUACACUAUUAGAUGACUUGCCCCUUGGUAGGGUCAUAAGUUAAACUUGAUGCCAUAGCUGGCAGAUCUUGUGGUUUCACCAGGAAAGUCAAGAUAUUUCUAAUUAUUUUGUGCAGUCUAUGUGACUUGUGCGUUAGUUACACCAUCCACCCUUAUAACUCAAUCAUGAGUUGAAGGACAAAACCCUCUAAUGUCAAUUAUGUCAUUAUCCAGUUAGUGAGCAGAAUGCUUGUCUUAAUGCUCUGUGAAGUAUAUAUAGUGUAUUUAAUUCCUCAUAGACACCGCGACAUGUUACCCUCCUAACUCUAACCUGGGACCUCUAAAUCUUGUCCUAAGACCUCACAAACUUUAACCUCAAACCCUACUAUUCCUAACUUGAACUUCUCUAGACAUACUCUUCUGACAAUGGAAGCCCUAACGCAGAACCUUACCAAGUUUAAUCUAGAAGACAAACCUGGUCCCAAACUGAAUUUAACCUAGGCACUCACUAAGUCUAUGACUUGAGUCCUACCCGCUGAACUAACCUGGGACCCCAUUCUUCUAAACCUGGUUCCCUAGAAACAUAGAAUGUGACGGAAGUGGCGGAUCCAGAUCUCGGGAGGGGCACUUGUAGAUUAUUUAAAGAAAUAAUCCAGGCACAAUAACCACUACAGCUCAGUAGUAGUUAUGGUGCCAGUAGUGUCAGGAUCCCAUCCUAGAGUAAGUAGUCAAACCGUUUAAGAACAGUUUGACAACUUACCUGGGGUCUGCUGGGAUAUAGGGCAUAGGAGCAGUGGUAUGUGUUAGGGGUGAAGUGUGUGUGAAAGGUGCAGUGUGUGUGUGUGUGUGUGAGCGGUGAAGUGUGUGUGCGAGUGCGCGAGGGCAGCAGUGUAUGUCAGGGUUGCAGUGUAUGUGUGGGGCAGUGUGUGUGUGAGAGAGCUGCAGUGUGUGUGUGAGAGAGCUGCAGUGUGUAUGUGAGGGUGGCAGUGUAUGUGAGAGUUGCUGUGUGUGUGUGUGUUUGGGGCAGUGUGUGUAUGGGGGGCAGUGUGUGUAGUGUGUGUAUAGGGUCAGUGUUUGUGUAUGGGUGUGUAGUGUGUGUAUGGGAGCAGUGUGUGUAGUGUGUGUAUGGGGGGCAGUGUGUGUAUGGGUGUGCAGUGUGUGUUUGUGGAGCAGUGUGUGUAUGGGUGUGCAGUGUGUGUAUGGGGCAGUGUGUGUAUGGGUGUGCAGUGUGUGUAUGGGGCAGUGUUUGUGGGGCAGUGUGUGUAUGGGGGCAGUGUUUGUGGGGCAGUGUGUGUAUGGGGGAAGUGUUUGUGGGGCACUGUGUGUAUGGGGGGCAGUGUGUGUGUGUGGGGCACUGUGUGUAUGGGGGCAGUGUGUGGGGGGGCAAUGUGUGUAGUGUGUGUGUAUGGGGGCAGUGUGUGUAGUGUGUGUAUGGGGGCAGUGUUUGUAUGGGGGAGGAAGGAGGGUAGGGAGGCUUUUUAAUAUAUUUUUUAUUUAUUUAAUAAAAUAAAUAUAUUUAUGCCCCCCCUCCCUUCUUACCUUUACUGGGAGGAGGGGGGACAUUUCUGGAUCCCUGGUGGUCCGGUGGGAAAUCCCUGGUGGUUCCAGUGGUGGAACUGAACUGUACCCGGCACUCCAGGGCUAGAGUUCACUCUUGCAAGAUUUGGAGCGUUGCAGUGGUAACCACGGCAACGCUCUGUGCUUGCGAGAGUAGGACCCGGAGGAGCUGCAGGUAAGAGCUCCCGGGUCCUCUCUCCCUCCCUCCCCUGUCGGCUGUGAUCACAGUGCCUGCAGACCGGGGAGGGAGAUCUCUGACAAUGCUAGCCCUGCAUUAACCGGCAGGGGAGAAUCACGGGGGGGCAAUUGCCCCGUUGCCCCCCCCCUGGAUCCGCCACUGUGUGACGGCAGAUAAGAACCAUUCGGCCCAUCUAGUCCACUAACCUUAACCUGAAAUAUCACUCAACCUAACCUUAGACCCUACUGACUCCCACUUUAGACCCAACUAGGUCUCCUUAAACCCGCUACUAACCCUAACUACCUUUGUUUCAUUAAUAGAAAUACUUAUGUAAUUAAUUACACUGAAAUACAAGACCAAAGAAACACAUUACAAUUUUACUGUUUUAUAUGCAGUGGACUGAAAAAUGGAUUUGUCUGAUCCAAUGCAGUGAAAAAAGUUGAAGCUCAAAAAGCUGUAAAAAUGUUACUUUUAAAAUUGCAUAUUGAAUUCUGGGUGAAAAAAAAGCAGCGCAUGGUGCUUGCUGUUAUUCAUAUAACGCUGAGAGAUUUAUUUACAUUGAAACAGGAUUAUUUGGUAAGUGGAUUAAUUUCUUUCAUGCAUCCUGUUAGUAUAUAAAUAUGCAUUUGUCCUAAGUAGCUAUCAAGAGAUUCACAUUUAAUGGGUUUUCUAUCCUGGGAAUAUAUGUGAGUUCACAUCUACAGAUCAUGUACGCAUUUAAUCAUACGGUAGAUACACGCGCACACAUGUGCACAGAGAGACACGGUUUUGUUUUGCACUUUUGUUUUGAUUAAAUUGCCUUUCAAAGUUCUCUCUUAGAAUAGUAAAAAAACCUCUAAAAUACCUUCUAACGUCUCUGUAAAAUUGUGUACUUCAUUUAUAGGCUCUGUAUUGUUUUGCAAACAUUGGUACGGCUCUGCAGCAUCCUUCCAAGCGUAGGCAAGCUUUGGCACUCCAGAUGUUUUGUACUACAUCUCCCAUGAUGCUUUGCCACUAUUAUGUAGUGACAAAGUGACGGGGGUAGGCUGGCUACCACCUGUAACAGGACAGACCUAUACAAUUACGAACUAAUUUGUUUUAAAAAGCUAUGUAAGAUUCUGAUGUAGUUAACAAUGGGUUUUAAUGCUCCGUAGGGCUUUUCAGCAUUCUGUAAUGAAGUUCAGUUCAUGUUUUGCAAAGUUUUAUUUUGAUAAUCUAGAAAGUGCUAAGAGUAACAUUAAUAGUCUGAGGUGUAUUCUUCCCAGCAACAGGAACAGCCAAUCAGGUUCCACUCCUCCAGCAUAAUAGGCUCUGGCAAACAAUCCUUUUCCUCUUUCUUUGCUGCUCCCUCAGUUAAGUAUAUCUGAUCCCUCAGGUUCCUUAACUGUGGGAUUAGUAUUUUCUUAUAAUGAUAAUUUUAUUCACUUUAUUGCUAUUAUUAUUAAUAUUAUUAUUAAUAUUAUUAUAUUUAUAACAUCAUUGUGCUAUUAUUAAUAUUAUUAUUAAUAUUGUUAGUUUAUAACAUCAUUGUACUGUGUUGUAAUUCUGCAUUGUUGCAAAUGCCAUUGAUGGUUUCUGAUUAGCUUUCACAUUCUUUCCUAUCCUGCUCUUUGUAUAUUUGCUAUUUUGCCUUCCCCCCUUUGGGUCUCCUUAGCCCAGCCUAACUCUGCCGGGCUCGGGGACGUUGGCUGGAGCCGCACCUGCCCUGUCAUGGCGCUUUUUUUCUCCAUUGCCACCGUGAAUGGCCGCCACCCACAGAGCACAGACUCCGGUACGACCGGCUCCCAGCUCGCGGCUCCCGAAUGUAUAAGCACGUUACAAGUGAUUACACAUUCGCCGCAAGCACCGUUUUACCAGCUUUACCUUCUGGGCUCUCCUCACCGCCGCUCGCGGCUACCAUUUUGUUGGUUUCCCACGCUCAGCACGCAGCUCCACCCCCAACGACCAGACCUCGGAGUUGGGUUUCAGCUGCAGUGGUGGUCGGACGGCUCCUUGCCCCCUCCUAGUGUAUCUGCUUAUAUAUUUGCCUUUCAUUACCCUUAAAGACCUAUUACCCCUUUUUCUCCUCUGGGUUAAUCAACCAUCCAUUUUAGGUUUAAAUUUCUAUAACAAAUUUGAUAUUUGUGCCAGUUCUAAAUACACCCAGCAUGCCUGGUGACAAAGAUAUGCCCACUUCUUCUGAGUCUCAUAACACCAAUCUAGGGAGUGUUAAAACACCCACAGGGGUAUCUGAUAUUGGAGCGGCUAUCCCCGCUGAAUUUGAUCCUACUGCUGAUAUGCAGUCACUGAUUGACAGCACUAUGUCUCAUGUCAUGACUAAGGCCCUUACGUCGGCCAUGGGACUGAUGUCUGAGUCAAUCUCACAGACUCUUACACAUGCUCUGCUUGAAGCACAGAAAUCGGCUCAGCCGACCAUUACCCAGGCUUUGCCUGUAGUAACCCCAAUACAACCUCACACUGGCCGCAAGGCCAUGGCUAAAACUAAACACUCUUCAAUCUCACAGAUGGACAGCUACACACCUGUCACAGAUGGCACGCCUAAUAUACCACCGCGCAAAAGAGCCACUAGCCGGGCAAAAUCGGCUAGGUUAUGGAAAAGGGCAAAAGCCCAGCUAGACUCUGAGUCGGAUCUCAGCGAGAUUGAAGAAGGGACCUGCAUGGAUACGGAGGAUCAAUCAGAUCCCGAAUCAGAUGGCAUGGCCGAAGACCAUGACCCCAGAGAGCACAAUACGCCUCAAUCUGACUCGUAUGACAUGGAGCUUAAAGCCCCAGAUGAUGCAAACAAACUCUUAGACCCCUAUGGGGAACCUCUGUUCGACCCCGAUGACCUGCAUCAUCCACGGUCAGCGGAAUGGUCCCCUUCGGCCCAUGUGGCCAAAUACAUAGCAUCAAGAAUUCGCAAGCCUUUAAAUAAGGCGACGCGUAAUAAAUUCCGGGCAGAAUGCCCACGUCCCACUAUCCCAGACGAUGCCUGCAGAACACCUGCAGUGGACCCAAAAAUCAUCCAAUUUCUGAGCGAGACAGGUUGGAAGCCUAAUAAAGGCCUAGAUUUCUCCCUGCGCAACUGCCAGGAUAAGAUAUUAGAUAUAUUGGGCCCAUCAACCAAAAUAUUUGAUAUGGUCGAAAAUGACCAAGAGUUGGAUCGUACCGCCAUAAGUGGCUGGAUACAACAAGUGAUUUGCUUGAUUGGCAAUGCCAACUGCGCGAUGGCCACAGAACGUUGCAAAGUGAUAUUACUGAAAAUAGAACCCAAGUUAGUAAACAUGGCUAUAACCGAGCCGGGCACCCAGGCCCAUGGUCUCCUGUUCGGAAACAAUUUUGUCAAAGAGCUUGGCUCUUUCGUACAUACUUUUACUGCCCUAGAUAAGGCAAACUCAAAUAUGCGCAAAGUUUUCCACCCUAAGGUUUUUAGUGGGGCCGGAAGAGCCAGGAGCCGUCUGUCCGGCCGUGUUAACAGGGGUUCAUUUCGACAGAACCGAGGCUCCUACACUGGAUAAUCCACCUUCACGGAGCACCGCAACUCCCCGGCCUUCUUCCCACAACGUGGGCGGCCAUGGGUUGCUCGUGGAUCACGAGGCACCCGUCCAGGACGACGACCUUAUGGUAAGUCAUCUCAUAUUUCCUUCUUCCCUAUGGGCAGUGGGGGGCAGACUCCUAAAUUUUUUCCAUGCAUGGUCACACAUCUCAUCAGAUGCCUGGGUAUUGAACACUGGAAGAGGGUACACUUUAGAGUUCCUGUCCCUUCCAGUACAACUCUCCCCACCACGGGAAAUUCAGUUUUCCCGACAAGACGCCUCCCUUGUGUCCGAGGAGGUCUUGGAAUUGGCACACAAACGAGCCAUCUUAGAGAUCCCUAUGACUACCUCAGGCUAUGUGAGCAACCUAUUCUUAGUUGCCAAGAAAGUGGGCGGCGUCCGCCCAGUGAUCAACUUGAAACAACUCAACACUUAUGUUGCCUACAAUCAUUUCAAAAUGGAAGGCAUACACUGCCUCAGAGAUCUCCUCCAACCGUCGGACUGGAUGGUCAAGUUAGACCUACAGGACGCCUAUUUCACAAUACCGAUUGCACGACACCACCAAGACUUCCUACAAUUCAUAUGGCAAGGAAGGAAAUGGAGAUUCACCUGUCUCCCAUUCGGACUAUCCUCAGCCCUGUGGUGCUUCACCAAACUCAUGAAGCCCAUGAUGGCUCUACUACUAAGUCGAGGGGUUCGUCUCAUAAUCUACUUAGACGACAUCCUCAUCAUGGGUCAGUCCACCCAAAUUACCGAGACCCAUCUUACUUGGACUCAGACUCUAUUGCAGAAUUUAGGUUUCCUCAUCAAUUGGAAAAAAUCCAUCCUAACUACCACUCAGCACAUAGAGUUUUUGGGUCUCAUCAUGGACUUUACACUACAGACCCUACAUUUACCGGCGACAAAAUUAACCAACAUAAAGAAGGAGAUCAGACGCACUCUGGCGACCUCACAGAUCUCCCUAAAACAAUUGGCGAGAGUGAUAGGCCUCUUGGCGGCCUCCAUACAAGCCAUCUUCCCGGGCCCUCUACACUAUCGAGCGCUACAGCGCCUACAUGCCUCCCAUUUGAGAGACGGGACCUCAUACACGGACAUGAUCAUUCUGAACACCGAAGCGAAAACAGAACUCAAAUGGUGGCUCUCCCAUAUGGAGGCCUGGAAUGGCCGAGCCAUUUUCGGCACCGCACCAGACAUAAUAAUAGAAUCCGAUGCGAGCUUGCACGGUUGGGGUGCACGCUGUGGAACUGUAUCUACAGGUGGCAGAUGGUCCGAAGUGGAAUCAUCACUUCACAUCAAUUGCCUGGAACUCCUGGCCGGAUCCUUUGCAAUCCGCAGUUUUUCUCCAACUCAAGCCCGAUGUGCCAUCCUUCUGAAAAUGGACAAUAUAUCGGCAGUCCGUUAUAUAAAUCACUUGGGAGGCACGAAAUCGAAGGUCCUGGCGAAUUUGGCACGGGACUUUUGGCAAUUUUGCCUGGCACAGGGCAUUUCGGUCACAGCGGAGUAUAUCCCAGGCCUCUGCAAAACAACGGUGGACUGGUACUCACGACACCUCAGGGACUCCAGCGACUGGCACCUGGAACCCAGAGUCUUCCAAGACAUCCAGUCCCUGUGGGGCCCUCUGGACAAGGACUUGUUCGGUUCCCGUUUGAAUACACAACUUCCCAGAUUUUUCAGUUGGAAACCGGACCCAGCAGCACUGGCAACAGAUGCCUUUACCCAAGACUAGUCCUCCACAAAGAACUACGCUUUUCCUCCCUUUGCAUUGAUUCCCCACUGGCUACUGCAACUACGGCAACAGACAGGAACUGUAGUGAUCGUGGCACCAUUAUGGCCGUCCCAACCAUGGUUUCCUUCCCUGUUAGAGAUGGCGAUAGACAUACCCCGCAUCCUCCCACGCUUUGACUAUCUGCUUGGGACCCGGAUGGGUCCCCCCAUCCCCUGUUUCAACAAGGUUUACUACACCACACAAAGCAGCCGACUGGUCCUCAGAAUCUACCUUCCGGGAUUUUUACUUUAAGCCCAUACACCAUUUCGCAGGAACGGUAGUCUCUCAGCUUUAAACCAGCAUAAUAGGAGCCUCCGUGUCUUAAUAAAAUUCAAGGAUUUUACUAUUACCAUGACGUAAAGUCAUGAUUUUAUUAAUGACACAGAGGCGAGUAUUAUCCCUCCUUCCCACCCGAUGACUGUGGAAAGGUUGAUGGAAAUUGGGUAAGUUGACCCACGGUAAGUCUUUCAAACAUGUAUUUCUACUCCUGUUAUACUCGCUCGAAAUUAAGUUAUCUUCUGUGAUUUGAACCAGAUAAGCCCCUAGUUCUGAUAAUCUCAUACUUAUAUGGUCACCCAAUUUAUAGGUUAAACAACAAUAUUCCCUUUGGCAAGAACACUGACCAAAUCCUAUCUCGGAUAUCAAUGAUUUAUGCGUACAUCCAGUAUUCUGCUAAGGUAUUACCAUAUUUUUCCUCUCUUACAGUCUAAUCUAUCUCACAUCGAGUGGGACAUUCCCUUUGUAAUGGGUUCCAUGUUUGGUUGGAUAAUUUUACUUAUUCGGGACCACAAAUAAAGAGGAAAAGGAUUGUUUGCCAGAGCCUAUUAUGCUGGAGGAGUGGAACCUGAUUGGCUGUUCCUGUUGCUGGGAAGAAUACACCUCAGACUAUUAAUGUUAUUACUGGUUAUGUUUAUAAAAAGUUUUUUAUUUGCUGCUGAGGGAAAUAAAGAAAGAGUGCGGCGUAAUAGGAGCCUCCGUGUCAUUAAUAAAAUCAUGACUUUACGUCAUGGUAAUAGUAAAAUCCUUGAAUUAAAAACAAUUUCAUUAAAACUUGUGAAAAAACCAGUGAUGUCCCUCUCCUUGCACUUUGGACAGCAUAUUAGUUAGCGUGUCUCUAUUCCAAAGGCGACAGGCUUGUUUCGCUCUUUAUGUUUGAUGGCCAAGGGCUGAGCAGACCCUGAAGAUCUCCCAUGUGGGAAACGCCAUCAUCUUUUUAGUCAUGUGCUGAUCCUUCAUCAGAGAGCAGCUCUCGUCACUGCUGUAAUCUCAAACACAGAAAUGAAGCCACUGUCCAAACCAGAGUGCAGGACUUCAGCUCCACUUACAGCCAGUAGCAGUACAACGGAACAAAACGCACUGCACAAGCCUUUAGUACAAAGAUCCUUUAUUUAACCCCCUAAGGACCAAGCUUAAGUUUGCUCAUCUUUUUUCUUGAAGGGUUAUUGCAACCACCAUGACCACUUAAAGUGUUUGUGGUAGUAGGAGUCUGGACGUGCAAUAUUUCCGCUUGAAUCACUGCACAUCCACAAAUAUUCACACUUGUUUGCUGGGCACUAGUUACACCUCUGGCACAUGUUGUGACUUUGGCAGCCGGGAACUAUGUUGGUAAUAGACGUAAUUAGCUUCUCCCUUUUUUAAAGGACAAAAAGGGCUUUAAUAUGGUGAAGUAGUUUUGGUGUAUAGAUCAUGCCUCUGCAGUCUUACUGCCAUUUAGGAGUUACAUCAUUUUGUUUAUGUUGCCCCUAGUCACACCUCCCUGCACGCAGGGCUGGAUUUUGCCACAAGGCCAUGGAAUUGGGGUGGCAGGCAGGUGAGGGGCAGCAUGGCCAGUGGGGAGAUCAAAAAUCUCUCUCACCGGCAAGCCCAUUCUCUCCCUCACCUGUAUUUCUUCACCUGAAGCUCUCCCUCGCCAUUACUGCGGCAACCCUCGGACACAUCAAGACUGCAGUUCAUGAUCUAUACACUAAAACUGCUUCAUUAAGCUAAAGUUGUUUUGGUGACUAUAGUGGUCCCUUUAAAUCAAACAAAACAACUACCUGAUCAUAACUAUUACCUAUAAACUAUAAACAAUGUUUUUUUUUCUUUCAUUUUUUUCUUCGAUUAGUUUUUUUUGAGUUAGCCCAAAAUAAUUCCUAAUAUCACCCAUUACGUGGUACAUCAAACAAAAAAAAAUAAUAAUAAUACAAGACACCAUACUCGAUCUAACACAAAAUUAGUGAAUGAUUUAUUUCUUAAUGGAGGCUAAAUGGUGGGAACUCCAAUAUGUUCUCAUUCAGGGACUGUCACUGUGGUUUGAUGUGUAAGGACUGUCUGUAGAGUGAUCUGUGAGGACUGUUUCUGUGGUUUGAUGUGUGAGGACUGUCUGUAGGGUGAUCUGUGAGGACUGUUUCUGUGGUUUGAUGUGUGAGGACUGUCUGUAGAGUGAUCUGUGAGGACUGUUUCUGUGGUUUGAUCUGUGAGGACUGUCUGUAGAGUGAUCUGUGAGGACUGUUUCUGUGGUUUGAUGUGUGAGGACUGUCUGUAGAGUGAUCUGUGAGGACUGUUUCUGUGGUUUGAUGUUUGAGGACUGUCUGUAGAGUGAUCUGUGAGGACUGUUUCUGUGGUUUGAUCUGUGAGGACUGUCUGUAGAGUGAUCUGUGAGGACUGUUUCUGUGGUUUGAUGUGUGAGGACUGUCUGUAGAGUGAUCUGUGAGGGCUGUUUCUGUGGUUUGAUCUGUGAGGACUGUCUGUAGAGUGAUCUGUGAGGACUGUUUCUGUGGUUUGAUGUGUGAGAACUGUCUGUAGAGUGAUCUGUGAGGACUGUUUCUGUGGUUUGAUGUGUGAGGACUGUCUGUAGAGUGAUCUGUGAAGACUGUCUCUGUGGUUUGAUCAGUGAGGACUGUCUGUAGAGUGAACAGUGAGGACUGUUUCUGUGGUUUGAUGUGUGAGGACUGUCUGUAGAGUGAUCUGUGAGGACUGUCUCUGUGGUUUGAUCAGUGAGGACUGUCUGUAGAGUGAUCUGUGAGGACUGUUUCUGUGGUUUGAUGUGUGAGGACUGUCUGUAGAGUGAUCUGUGAGGGCUGUUUCUGUGGUUUGAUGUGUGAGGACUGUCUGUAGAGUGAUCUGUGAGGGCUGUUUCUGUGGUGUGAUGUGUGAGGACUGUCUGUAGAGUGAUGUGUGAGGGCUGUUUCUGUGGUUUGAUGUGUGAGGACUGUCUGUAGAGUGAUCUGUGAGGACUGUUUCUGUGGUUUGAUGUGUGAGGACUGUCUGUAGAGUGAUCUGUGAGGGCUGUUUCUGUGGUUUGAUCUGUGAGGACUGUCUGUAGAGUGAUCUGUGAGGACUGUUUCUGUGGUUUGAUGUGUGAGGACUGUCUGUAGAGUGAUCUGUGAGGACUGUCACUGUGGUUUGAUGUGUGAGGACUGUCUGUAGAGUGAUCUGUGAGGACUGUUUCUGUGGUUUGAUGUGUUAGGACUGUCUGUAGAGUGAUCUGUGAGGGCUGUUUCUGUGGUUUGAUGUGUGAGGACUGUCUGUAGAGUGAUCUGUGAGGACUGUUUCUGUGGUUUGAUGUGUGAGGACUGUCUGUAGAGUGAUCUGUGAGGACUGUUUCUGUGGUUUGAUGUGUGAGGACUGUCUGUAGAGUGAUCUGUGAGGGCUGUUUCUGUGGUUUGAUGUGUGAGGACUGUCUGUAGCGUGAUCUGUGAGGACUGUUUCUGUGGUUUGAUGUGUGAGGACUGUCUGUAGAGUGAUCUGUGAGGACUGUCACUGUGGUUUGAUGUGUGAGGACUGUCUGUAGAGUGAUCUGUGAGGACUGUCUCUGUGGUUUGAUGUGUGAGGACUGUCUGUAGAGUGAUCUGUGAGGACUGUUUCUGUGGUUUGAUGUGUUAGGACUGUCUGUAGAGUGAUCUGUGAAGGCUGUUUCUGUGGUUUGAUCUGUGAGGACUGUCUGUAGAGUGAUCUGUGAGGACUGUCUCUGUGGUUUGCUCUAUGAGGACUGUCUCUGUGGAGUGAUCUAUGAGGACUGUCUCUGUAGUUGAUAUGUGAUGACUGUCUCUGUAGAGCUAUGAAUGAGGACUGUCUUUAUGGAGUGUUCAGUUAGGAAUGUCUCUGUGGUUAAUCUAUGUGGACUGUCUCUGUGGAGUGAGAGGACUGUCUGUGGUUGAUCUUUGAGGACUGCCUCUGUGGUUUGAUCUGUGGAGAUUGUAUCUGUGGUUUGAUCUGUAAGGACUGUCUCUAUGGGCUGAUCUGUGAGGACUGUCUCUGAAGUGAAAGGACUGUCUUGAUGUGUGAGGACUGUUUCUGUGGUUUGAUCUUUGAGGACUGUCUCUGUAAGGACUGUCUCUGUGGUUGAUCUGUGAUGACUGUCUCUGUGGUUUGAUCAGUGUGUGAGGACUGUCUCUCUAGAGUGAUCAAUGAGGACUGUCUCUUGAGUGCUCUAUGAGUACUGUCUCUAUGGUUUGAGCAGUGAGGACUGUCUCUGUGAAGUAUACAUUGUGUUUGAUGUCUCUGGGAGGACUGUCUCUGUGAGGACUGUCUCUGGGAGGAUCUUUGAUGUCUCUGUGAGGACUGUCUCAGUGAGGACUGUCUCUGGGAGGAUCUUUGAUGUCUCUGGGAGGACUGUCUCUGGGAGGACUGUCUCUGUUUGGACUGUCUCUGUGAGGACUGUUUCUGUGGUUUGAUGUGUGAGGACUGUCUGUAGAGUGAUCUGUGAGGACUGUCACUGUGGUUUGAUGUGUGAGGACUGUCUGUAGAGUGAUCUGUGAGGACUGUCUCUGUGGUUUGAUGUGUGAGGACUGUCUGUAGAGUGAUCUGUGAGGACUGUUUCUGUGGUUUGAUGUGUUAGGACUGUCUGUAGAGUGAUCUGUGAAGGCUGUUUCUGUGGUUUGAUCUGUGAGGACUGUCUGUAGAGUGAUCUGUGAGGACUGUCUCUGUGGUUUGCUCUAUGAGGACUGUCUCUGUGGAGUGAUCUAUGAGGACUGUCUCUGUAGUUGAUAUGUGAUGACUGUCUCUGUAGAGCUAUGAAUGAGGACUGUCUUUAUGGAGUGUUCAGUUAGGAAUGUCUCUGUGGUUAAUCUAUGUGGACUGUCUCUGUGGAGUGAGAGGACUGUCUGUGGUUGAUCUUUGAGGACUGCCUCUGUGGUUUGAUCUGUGGAGAUUGUAUCUGUGGUUUGAUCUGUAAGGACUGUCUCUAUGGGCUGAUCUGUGAGGACUGUCUCUGAAGUGAAAGGACUGUCUUGAUGUGUGAGGACUGUUUCUGUGGUUUGAUCUUUGAGGACUGUCUCUGUAAGGACUGUCUCUGUGGUUGAUCUGUGAUGACUGUCUCUGUGGUUUGAUCAGUGUGUGAGGACUGUCUCUCUAGAGUGAUCAAUGAGGACUGUCUCUUGAGUGCUCUAUGAGUACUGUCUCUAUGGUUUGAGCAGUGAGGACUGUCUCUGUGAAGUAUACAUUGUGUUUGAUGUCUCUGGGAGGACUGUCUCUGUGAGGACUGUCUCUGGGAGGAUCUUUGAUGUCUCUGUGAGGACUGUCUCAGUGAGGACUGUCUCUGGGAGGAUCUUUGAUGUCUCUGGGAGGACUGUCUCUGGGAGGACUGUCUCUGUUUGGACUGUCUCUGGGAGGACUGUCUCUGGGAGGAUCUUUGAUGUCUCUGGGAGGACUGUCUCUGUGAGGACUGUCUCUGGGAGGAUCUUUGAUGUGUCUGGGAGGACUGUCUCUGUGAGGACUGUCUCUGGGAGGAUCUUUGAUGUCUCUGGGAGGACUGUCUCUGUUUGGACUGUCUCAGUGAGGACUGUCUCUGUGAGGACUGUCUCAGUGAGGACUGUCUCAGUGAGGACUGUCUCUGUUUGGACUGUCUCAGUGAGGACUGUCUCAGUGAGGACUGUCUCUGUUUGGACUGUCUCAGUGAGGACUGUCUCAGUGAGGACUGUCUCUGGGAGGACUGUCUCAGUGAGGACUGUCUCUGUGAGGACUGUCUCAGUGAGGACUGUCUCUGUUUGGACUGUCUCAGUGAGGACUGUCUCUGUUUGGACUGUCUCAGUGAGGACUGUCUCAGUGAGGACUGUCUCAGUGAGGACUGUCUCUGUUUGGACUGUCUCAGUGAGGACUGUCUCAGUGAGGACUGUCUCUGGGAGGACUGUCUCAGGGAGGACUGUCUCAGUGAGGACUGUCUCAGUGAGGACUGUCUCUGUUUGGACUGUCUCUGGGAGGGUCUUGUCUUGGAGGGAAGCGGCCAUUUUGAUUCCUUUUCUUCUGAUCAGAGACAGGGUGCAGUCACCAUGCAGGGGAUGCAAAGGGUAAAGUAUUGUAAAAUGUCUGUUUAUAACUGUCACCUCAUUAAAAUGUUGUUCUUGCAGUUCUUUAUCUUAAUGUCAUUGCCAGUUGAACAAUCAGGUGUAUGGGUUCUGGUUAUUAGCUUGUUUGAUUCAUUACCUGAGAGAGGAGAAAAACACAUGGUGUCUCUCUGUGUGUGAGAUAUCUGUCAGACUGUCUCUGUGUGUGAGAUAUCUGUCAGAGACUGUCUCUCUGUGUGUGAGAUAUCUGUCAGAGACUGUCUCUCUGUGUGUGAGAUAGCUGUCAGACUGUCUCUGUGUGUGAGAUAUCUGUCAGACUGUCUCUCUGUGUGUGAGAUAUCUGUCAGACUGUCAGAUAUCUGUCAGACUGUGUGUGUGAGAUAUCUGUCAGACUGUCUCUGUGUGUGAGAUAUCUGUCAGACUGUCUCUGUGUGUGAGAUAUCUGUCAGACUGUCUCUCUGUGUGUGAGAUAUCUGUCAGACUGUCUCUCUGUGUGUGAGAUAUCUGUCAGACUGUCACUGUGUGUGAGAUAUCUGUCAGACUGUCUCUCUGUGUGUGAGAUAUCUGUCAGACUGUCUCUGUGUGUGAGAUAUCUGUCAGAGACUGUCUCUGUGUGUGAGAUAUUUGUCAGACUGUCUCUCUGUGUGAGAUAUCUGUCAGACUGUCUCUGUGUGUGAGAUCUCUGUGUGUGAGAUAUCUGUCAGAGACUGUCUCUGUGUGUAAGAUAUCUGUCAGAGACUGUCUCUCUGUGUGUGAGAUAGCUGUCAGACUGUCUCUGUGUGUGAGAUAUCUGUCAGACUGUCUCUCUGUGUGUGAGAUAUCUGUCAGACUGUCUCUCUGUGUGUGAGAUAUCUGUCAGACUGUCUCUGUGUGUGAGAUAUCUGUCAGACUGUCUCUCUCUGUGUGUGAGAUAUCUGUCAGACUGUCUCUCUGUGUGUGAGAUAUCUGUCAGACUGUCUCUCUGUGUGUGAGAUAUCUGUCAGACUGUCUCUGUGUGUGAGAUAUCUGUCAGAGACUGUCUCUGUGUGUGAGAUAUUUGUCAGAGACUGUCUCUCUGUGUGAGAUAUCUGUCAGACUGUCUCUGUGUGUGUGCAAUAUCUGUCAGAGACUGUCUCUGUGUGUGAGAUAUCUGUCAGAGACUGUCUCUGUGUAUGAGAUAUCUGUCAGACUGUCACUGUGUAUGAGAUAUCUGUCAGACUGUCUCUCUGUGUGUGAGAUAUCUGUCAGAGACUGUCUCUCUGUGUGUGAGAUAUCUGUCAGAGACUGUUUCAAUGUAUGAGAUAUCUGUCAGAGACUGUCUCUCUGUGUGUGAUAUCUGUCAGAGACUGUCUCACUGUGUGUGAGAUAUGUGUCAGAGACUGUCUCUGUGUAUGAGAUAUCUGUCAGAGACUGUCUCUGUAUGAGAUAUCUGUCAGAGACUGUCUCUGUGGAUGAGAUAUCUGUCAUACUGUCUCUCUGUGUGUGAGAUAUCUGUCAGAGACUGUCUCUGUGUAUGAGAUAUCUGUCAGAGACUGUCUCUGUAUGAGAUAUCUGUCAGAGACUGUCUCUGUGUGUGAGAUAGCUGUCAGACUGUCUCUGUGUGUGUGAGAUAUCUGUCAGACUGUCUCUGUGUGUGAGAUAUCUGUCAGACUGUCUCUCUGUGUGUGAGAUAUCUGUCAGACUGUCUCUGUGUGUGAGAUAUCUGUCAGAGACUGUCUCUGUGUGUGAGAUAUUUGUCAGAGACUGUCUCUCUGUGUGAGAUAUCUGUCAGACUGUCUCUGUGUGUGUGCAAUAUCUGUCAGAGACUCUCUGUGUGUGAGAUAUCUGUCAGAGACUGUCUCUGUGUGUAAGAUAUCUGUCAGAGACUGUCUCUCUGUGUGUGAGAUAGCUGUCAGACUGUCUCUGUGUGUGAGAUAUCUGUCAGACUGUCUCUCUGUGUGUGAGAUAUCUGUCAGACUGUCUCUGUGUGUGAGAUAUCUGUCAGAGACUGUCUCUGUGUGUAAGAUAUCUGUCAGAGACUGUCUCUCUGUGUGUGAGACAGCUGUCAGACUGUCUCUGUGUGUGAGAUAUCUGUCAGACUGUCUCUGUGUGUGAGAUAUCUGUCAGACUGUCUCUGUGUGUGAGAUAUCUGUCAGAGACUGUCUCUGUGUGUGAGAUAUUUGUCAGAGACUGUCUCUCUGUGUGAGAUAUCUGUCAGACUGUCUCUGUGUGUGUGCAAUAUCUGUCAGAGACUGUCUCUGUGUGUGAGAUAUCUGUCAGAGACUGUCUCUGUGUAUGAGAUAUCUGUCAGACUGUCUCUGUGUAUGAGAUAUCUGUCAGACUGUCUCUCUGUGUGUGAGAUAUCUGUCAGAGACUGUCUCUCUGUGUGUGAGAUAUCUGUCAGAGACUGUUUCAAUGUAUGAGAUAUCUGUCAGAGACUGUCUCUCUGUGUGUGAUAUCUGUCAGAGACUGUCUCACUGUGUGUGAGAUAUGUGUCAGAGACUGUCUCUGUGUAUGAGAUAUCUGUCAGAGACUGUCUCUGUGGAUGAGAUAUCUGUCAUACUGUCUCUCUGUGUGUGAGAUAUCUGUCAGAGACUGUCUCUGUGUAUGAGAUAUCUGUCAGAGACUGUCUCUGUAUGAGAUAUCUGUUAGAGACUGUCUCUGUGGAUGAGAUAUCUGUCAUACUGUCUCUCUGUGUGUGAGAUAUCUGUCAGAGACUGUCUGUGUGUGAGAUAUCUGUCAGAGACUGUCUUUGUGUGAGAUAUCUGUCAUACUGUGUCGGUGUGUGAGAUACUGCUUCUGUCAGAAACUGUGGUUAGAGAGCCUGGGGGUGGGAGACUGUCUCUUGCGAGACUGCUGCUGUGAAGUAAUAGCCAUGUGAAGGGGCCCUUGCGAGAGAUGCCACUGUAAGAAACUAAUAAUACUGUGAGAGACUGUCAUUGUAAGAGACUGCAACUGUCAGGAACUAUCAUUGUCAGAGACUGUCAUUGUGAGACAUUAAUACUGUGAGAGACUGUCACUGUCAGAGACUGUCAUUGUGAGAGAGUAAUACUGCGAUAGAUUGUCACUAUAAGCAUUGGAUUCUGAGAGCAUCUUCCUUUCUGAGGAUAGUGGCCAUUUUUAUUCCUUUUAUUUUCAUCAGUAUGCAAAUUCCAGGGGUGUAUAGGAUGAAGUAUUGCAAUAAGUGUAUUUUUAUAGUGUACCCAAUCUUACAAUCCUAUUGCUGAAUGUCCUUGCCAAAUGAACAAUCAGGGUUAUGGGUUCAGGUUAGUAGCACUUGUGUGGUUAAUUAUCUGAGAGAGGAGGUAAAAGUGAGCCUGAGAAUUAAUAAGCAUUAAUUGUGGAGAUAGUGUCAUUGGAAAUUCUCCACAAACUUUUGUCUAAAUGCAGGGAUUGCCAAAAGUCAGCCCUCAUCUGCUCUAUAACAGCUCUUGUGAUGCUUUUCCUACAACAUGUGGGUACAACGAUGGCUCGAUGGGCAAAACAAUGGGGGUUAGUAAGCAGUAUAAUGUGGAUUAUAAAUAAAAAAUCAUUGCAUUUGCUUUCAAGGUUAUGCCAGUUUUAUGUGCAUGCGCCAUGUUCAAAAUAUUAAACUCUUACUCUAUCUUCUAUACAUUGGUGGCUUUUCCCACUUUUUCUGGAGUGCACAAAAAUUAUCCAAACUUAUGCCACUUUUUAUAACUUCAGAUUUUAUGGUCCAAAAUAAGUACUAUUACUUGUGAAAAAUACACAUUCACUGUUUUAAGGAAUUUUGUUUAAAUUUUUUUAUACUUUAAAGGAACACUCUAAGCACCAAAACAACUUUAGCUUAAAGAGACACUAUAGGCACCAAGCACACUCUCAUUGAAUUGGUCUGGGUGCAGUGUCCCUCUUUCCUUAGCCACGCAAUGUAAAACAUUGCAGUCUUAGAGAAACUGCAAUGUUUACAUUUUAGUCUUAACACUGCCUCUAGUGAUUGACUACCAGACAGCCAUUAGAGGCGAUUAUUGUAGUUUCACAAAGUUUGACUCAAUGAAACAACGCUGGACAGUCUCACACUUUUUUUUUUUUGGUAAAUAGCCUUUUAUUGAAGGUUUUCUCAUAUCAAAGAAACAAUAAAAUGCAGCUUUACGUUCAGAGUGUAGAGAAACAGUCUAACAACAACAAAAAAAACCUUUCGAGAUUCGCAGAUCUCUCAAAGUAAGUGAUACUGAUGAGAUACGCAGGUCUCCAAGCAUUUAGAUAUGAAAAAUAUGUCUCAAAUUUUAGUCUACCUGUCCCACCACCGGUGUGUGGCCCUCCAGAAGGAGCCCAUCACAAUGUCACCCGAAUACGUGAACCCUCCCUAGUCCGCUCCCGUGCUUUCCUCCUGGGGGGAACUCGUCUAGCUUAGGUGGCCAGAGUAGACGUAUCCUCUUGGGGCACACCGCUCCCGGCAUGGGUGGGGCGUCGUUAUCCGUCAGUCUCAAGUCCGUCCUGGGUGGCUGGGGUGAGUCGUAGUCCCCUGGGGUCUGGCCCUAAGGGCCUGCAGUCCGAUAAUCCCUACUGCCUGGGUUCCUGUGCGGGUUCUAGCAUUCUCUGUGAGCCCGUGGGGGCUGAGUACCUUGGGGCUGGUCUGUCUCCCCUAGAGCUGUCGUGAAUGAGUCCCCUGCUGUCGUCACUAUCCAAUGAGUCCAUAUGUCCAAAUAUUGUUGUGUCCUGUCUGAGGUCUUCAUGUAAACCUCCUCUGUCGCCCUGAGGACUUCCAUUUGGGCAAACCACGACUGAAGCGUGGGUGCCUCCGUAUUCCUCCAGUGCUGAGGAAUGCUUUGUUUUGCGAUAUUGAGGAUCCGUAUAGUUAGUGAUCGUUUGUAUUUGCCACUAGGUGUAGAUGUGUGGUGUAGGAGCAUCGCCGAGGGGUCAAAGGGUGGUGGCGGGUCCGAGAAUAUCUGCAGCAUUUUAUGUAUGCCUCUCCAAAAGGAUUGUAUUUUCUCACACUCCCACCAUAUGUGUAUGUGUGUCCCUGUCUCUGUGCCACAUCUCCAGCAUUGUGCCGAGUGGUCGGGAUGCAUGUUGUGGAGGACAUCUGGGGUGCGAUACCACUGUGUGAGCAAUUUAUAUGCGGCCUCCUGAUGCCUACUAAAGGCAGCACAAUGGUGCGUUAGAGUGCAUAUUUUGUCCCAUUCCCCUGCGCUAAACUGACGGUGUAAGGCCCUCUCCCACUUCCCCUGAAACCUAGGUGUCUCCACCGGAAUCUGCUGUUGGAGUAAUUUGUAUAGGAUGGAUACCCCGUGUGGGAGUGGUUCCGGUUCAAGGCACAAUUGCUCGAACCCCGUGGGGAUGCGUUGUAAUGCCCCUCCCUGGGGUAAGGUUUGCAGGUAGCUCGUCAACUGCGCAUAAUGGAACUGCUGUAGGAAGGUGGGGGUUCGCCCUCCCAGAAGAUCUGGUAGGGUUUUGCGCCCCGUAGGUGUCUGAACAUGGUGUAGCCUAGGCAGGAGGUCAGGGAUGAUGCCCCUUAGUGCCAGUGGGCCCAAUCCCGGCUGGAACUCCCCAUUGUACGUCAGGGGCAGUAAGGGUGAUGGGUAAGGGGUGAGGCCCGCUCUGUCUGCUAUACCGUACCAUACUUUCAAGGUAGCCCUGACAUAGGUGGGCGCCCUGCCUCCCCUCCCCCUCGGCAACCACGGGGCCAACGCUAUGGGGAUCCCUAGCUCCGCCUCCUCCACUGUUUUCCAUUGUUUGUGUACAUUCUGUUUUGACCACUCCAUUAUCCUAAGUAGGUGGCAUGCUAUAUAGUAAAGGUGGAAGUCCGGCAGCGCCAUCCCUCCCCACUCCUUGGGUUGUGUCAGUUGCUGGAAUUUUAGCCUUGGCUUCGUCCCCCUCCAUAUGUAUUCUCUCAGGGUCCCAUUGAGGGAUCCAAAGUACGUCCUGGGGAUACAUAUGGGUAUUGUCUGCAUCAAAUAUAGCAGCCGUGGUAGGAAAUUCAUUUUCACGACCUGCACCCGGCCGAACCAAGAGAUGUGGGGGUACGCCCAUUCUCCCGUCUCCCUUCUGAAGGUGGACAGCAUCUGGGCAAAAUUGUCUUUAAAGAGAUCUUGUCUGGGGAGCCAAAUGCCCAGGUACCUGAUUUUACUAUCUGCCCAUUGGAACGGGAAGCCCUGACGCAGCAACAUCUCCCGAUGUUGAGGUAUGGAUAUAUUAAGUGUACACGACUUGGCGAAAUUGAUCUUCAUAUUUGAGAUCUCGCCGUAAUCCCUAAGAGCCUUAAUGAUAUUCGGGAGGGAGAUUUCGGGUCUGGAGACAAAAAAGAGAAGGUCAUCGGCAUACGCCGCUACCUUAUGGUGUACCUUGCCUGCAGCUACCCCCGUAAUGUCUGGGUUGCUCCUGAUUGCUUGUAAAAAUGGCUCCAAAGCUAGCACAAACAAGAGCGGGGACAGGGGGCACCCCUGACGGGUGCCGUUUUGGAUUAUAACGUCCUCCGUGAGUGCCCCAUUUACGAUUAUCUGGGCUCUGGGUUAUCGGUAAAUGGCUUCUAUCCAGCCCCUCAUGUGUGUCCCCAUGCCCAGAUGUGAGAGGGCCUGGAACAUAUACGUCCAUCCGACCCGGUCGAAGGCCUUCUCCGCGUCCGUGGAUAGCAGGAGAAGGCCCCUGGCGCCCGCCGACCCCCCAUGGCCUAUCGACAGCGCUCUAAUCGUAUUGUCCCUUGCCUCCCUCCCCAUCACAAACCCCACCUGGUCCGGGUGCACCAGGGUGGGAACAUGUGGUUGCAGACGCGUUGCCAAAAUUUUUGUUAGCAGCUUCAGGUCGCUGUUUAUGAGGGAGAUGUGUCUAUAGUUAUUGCAGAAAUCCCCGUCCUUCCCUUCCUUCAGAAGGAGCACAAUGUGGGCCCUAAGGGACUGCGUGGGUAGAUGGUGCCCCUCUCUGAUCGCGUUAAAAGCGGCCUGCAGUGGAGCGUAUAGAAUCUCCGUGAAGACAUCUCACACUUUGCAUAAGGAUGUCCAGCGUGUGGAAAUAUCCCCAUGGGAAUGCUCUGAGGCAAUGCUUCCCUAUGAUGAAGGCCUAAUGCCUGCCAUGCUUGCGAAUUAGGUCAGUGUAAAAAGGGUUAUUUAACCCUUUAUUUGACACCAGGGAAGGGGAGGCAGGAGGACACUAUAGUGUUAGGAAUACAGUUUCGUAUUCCUAACACUAUAUAUAUAUAUAUAUUUUGUAUUCAUAACACUGUAAUGUUUGGUUAAUGGAGCAUAGAUCAUGCCUUUGCUGGCUCACUGCUCAGUUCUCUGACAUGUAGGAAUUUAAUGGCACUACAGUCACCAUAACAACUUCAUGUAAACAAAGUUGUUAUGGUGCCGGGAGGCCCCCGGGCAUACUUUUACAUUAAGGGGUUAAACUGACCUAGAUUAGUUUGAGUCUCCAGCCCCGAUCUUCAGGUCCUCCAGGUGGUAUACGAAUCUCGGUUUCAGGAAGAGCAGAGUGCCGUCAGUCAGGGCUGCCGGAGCUGGAGGCUCACUUCGAGAACGGUUUAACCUUUUAAGGUAAGAGGAGCCUCCUGGCAUCGUAACGACUUAAUUUAGGUGAAGUUGUUAUGGUGCCUAAACUGUCCUUUUAAAGUGUUACUCCAUGCAUCAUAACUAUUACAGCUCCCAGAAAGGAAGAUUGUUAAAAAAAACUAUUUACCUGUCAAAGAAAAAAGCAACCACUCUGACAGGGGCUGAAAAAUGUGUGAGAACUUAUUUUUGUAAAUGUGUGAGAACUUAUUUUCGGACUCCGACAUCUCUGCCGGCGUGACUGCAUUUAAACUUAGCAGCCAUGCCGUCAGAGAUGUUUUCAACUUACCUGGGGGUCAACAGGCAGCUACCCGGUCUCCCUCCGUUCCAGUCCCUAGCGGGUGCGACGUUCCUGAGAACGCCGGCCGCAGCGGACUAUUAUAAAGAACUUAGCUUCGCCUAUAUCAAAGAUGGCGCCAACAUGCGUGCGGCGUCAUGUCAUAGACGCACAUGCACGUUUUGGGGUCAGAGGUCAGAGACAGCCAAUUACAGACUAAGGAGGGUUAUUUAAACCCAAAUUACCUUUUUGUCAGUGCCCUGUCAUGGUUUCCCUUUGCUGGUUAUCUGAGAGAGUGUUCCUGAUCGUAUUAUUUCUGGUAUUUGACUUUGGCUUAGUUUUUGACUUCCCUGAUUUCUGGUAUCCUUGACUUUUGGCUUUCCCUCAUCGUUGUGUCUCAUUCUGUUUCCCUGACCUCGGCAAGUAUUUUGACUAUUCUUGGGUACAUUAAGUCCGGCCAUUCUAAGAUCCAGUGAGACGUUACCCUUAGUCCUAGGUGUGAUACUAUUUCUGCAUGCUGGAUCAACUAGUAAUCCUGACAGUACAUUUGAAAAUAGAUAUUUGUGAACCAAAACAAUUAACCAAAAUGGAACAGGAAAAAAAAGAGGCACAAUAAUAUAUAUCCCCAUUGUCUCAUGUCAGUCCUGACGGGGGCUUCAUUUUGGCCUCAGGUAGUUUGUAGAAUGCUCUCUGCAGCAUGUAAUGUGACUCUUCAUUGUGUUGUUUUCAGCAGGUUACAUAUUCCCAGGGUUUAUAAAUGUGUAAUUGAAGUGCAUUAUACAGAAGUUAAUAUAAACUCACUUUUGAUGAAAUGCCCCUUUUUUUUUCCUUUUUUUUUUUUAAACCUGUUCUGAAUAAUAAAGUCUGCCUGGUUUGUCCUCUGAAUACUGUGCUGUACACUGUGUCAGUAAACAUACAUACAUAUCUGUCCUAUAAUAAAUAUACACUUUUUCUAGUGCAGAGACUGGGGUAUCCACCAAAGAUAAUCAUUGUUGAUCCCAAUACCAAAUUUUCACAGGGUUUUAAAGAAACUGGAACCAUAGCUGAUUUGGAGAUUGUUUUCCCAGUUUGGCUAUUUUGGUCUAAAAUUUAAAAUUCACUAUAAAUGUAUUUUUUCCCCCCCUCUGCAUAACAACAUAAUAAUAUGUCAAUUAUAAACGUUUAUGGGAAAAUUAGUAAUAUUAUCAUGUUGAUUCAGAAAUAAACUUUACUAAAUUUUCCUGUUGUCUGGACAUUUGGAAAUAACUUUAGUGCAUUUCUGGGGGCGGGUAAUUGUUUUUGCAUUUGUUGGUCAUUGAUAUCAUUAUGCAUUUCAAAUACUGUGAAGAUCAGUAUUCCUAAUGAAAAGGGCUGUGAGCCAGUGAAAACGUUUUAAUGACAUCCGAUAUAUAUUUAAAAUAAGUUGAUUAGUGGAUAUCAGUCUCAUUUUAAGAAAUAACUUUUUUGGUAUAACAAAAUGUUCUGCUUAUAGAAUUGCGGUAUUGCUAAGGGAACCAAGUUUGCACCCAGCAACGCCAGUUUGUCCAUGACUUUCUGGAAAGAAACAUCUGGUUUUUCUCAUCUACGCUAGGCGCAAUACUUCAGGCAGUACAUAGAUGAUAUAUUUUUUAUAUGGAAAGGGAGUGCUGAGAUUUUAGAAUACAUUUUAACUUGUUUAAAUGACAAUGAUUGGGGGAUAGAAUGAAAGGAACACUAUAGUGUUUGGAAUACAAAGCUGUAUUCUUAACACUAUAGUGCCCCUACUCUCCAGCACCCCCUCCCCAUGCAGCAAUGAAAGGGUUCACUAACCUUAUUUCAGUGCCAAGGCCCUCUGCACCGGCUCCGUCUCAGCCUCCUGUGAGGUCAUCGCAAGGAGGAUCCUAAUGCGUGUUCGCGUGCAUUUGGUCUUCUUCAUAGGAAAGCACUGACUCAGUGCUUUUCUAUGGGGAUUUUCAAGGCGUUGGACACUCACGCUCUGCCAGAGGACGUCCAGCAUCAUUUUAUGGAGCUAAACUCAUUGAAACAGCAGGAAGCGCCUCUAGUGGAUGUCUUGUAGAGUCUUAACACUACAAUUUGUGGUUGUUGCACAUUGCUCGGUCUUUGCACAUAAAAAUAUUGAGACAUUGAAUUUAUUUUCUAAAUUAAAUUCACUUACAUUCAUUAAGACACAUUUUUUGUGAGUUUUGUGCAUAUACAGUAUUUUAUAUUUAUGUUAUGCUGGGUCAUUUGAUAAGCACUUUUGCACUUCAAAAACAGCCUGUCAGAGCGAGCACCGGUGCUGGGGCAGCCCGAUCGAGUGCUCCCGGUCUGCCUCUAAUACAGAGGCAGACCGGAGCACCGUUAACCUCGCGAUCGGAGCGAUCUGGGGUUAUCUUUAGUAAAUGACGGAAAUUUUCCAUCAACGGUCCUUAACUGAAGGACAAGGUUGACGGAAAAUUUCCGUCCGCGGUCGGGAAGGGGUUAAUUUUAUUUGUUUUUGCCACUGUAGUUGGAUUUAUGCAGAUUCAAUUGUUUUGAAAAGCAAAUAUUGCAAAUAUUCAAUGCCAUUCUACUUCAAUUGCUCUGUUUGUUCUAUUUCAACCCAUUUACGCUCAUUUGGUUUUCUUUUAUUAGCUAAUUGCUUACUAUAAAAUUUAACACAUUAAUCCAGCUCCGUUGUUUAAUGAUUACCCUGGAUGGCUAAAUCUCCUAUUUUCCUUUCACAACUUCCAUUUUCAUCACAACCAUUUUCUUUAGACUCUUAAAAUUAUCUUUCAUUUUGAGAACUGUUGCAACAGGAAUGAAGUGUGAUAGGGUCAAGGUUUAAGGUACAGCAACAGAAUGAGUCUUGGCCUCAAAUACCCCACUAAAACAAGGCCGGGUUCAUUUCUCCAAUUUGUAACAUUAGUAAUAAAUGCUAAGUAGACCUCUACAGACUCAUCUACAAAAUGGGCCAUAUGGUGGUGAGUUUGUGUUUGUGGGCGGAUAUUUUUCCUAUUAGUGGAUUCUCUCUUGGUAUUCCAGGUGAAAAUAAAUGAUUUGGAUAAAACUAACUUGGAUAAAUUCUAACACAACAGUAAACAUCUUGUAUGUACGUAGUGGGCAUUGGAUAGCAUUCCCCUCAUCCUCCCAUAAAAACCAUAACUUACUCCUUCAAAUAACGACAGACAACUUCUUGGGAAAACAGGCCACAGCAUUUAUUAACAUCACCAAAUACUGUAUAACUCCUUAAACAUAUAACAUAAUAAAUUAACAUAAACACUUUUAUACAGUCAUACAGUAAUCAAGAAAACCGUCCUUGCCAAUCUAACUUCUCCAAGGAUCUCACCUCCCCCCCUCGGCUUAAUAAAACCUCUUCCUUUUCAGGGCUCCCCACCAGCCGGUUUUCCGCUCGGUGGGGCCCAACCAUAAUGCUCCCCACCGGUCGACUUACAACCCAGUGGGGACACGUCCAACCUGGUACCUCCUCCAGGUUCACCAUAAGAGACAGGGGGAGGAUGAGACCCGGCCAUUAUCCCCCUUUUCAUCUAAUCUACCAUCCCUUAUUUGGCAAGGACAUGCCCCGCCUUGCCGUGACAACCACCCGGGCCCAAAGCAGCAAAGGGAGGGUGGGCGGGAAACUUGUUGCUGGCCCGGCUCCUAAGUGGCACUGAGGUCAGUCUGCUUUGUCACCACCCACUUCCUCACAUCUCACACUCCCACACGUAGCACAUAGCCAAUCAUGCACCAUCCAUCCCACACUCAUACAUGUGCCCCUGUCCGCUAAGCUGCGCACUCUCCCUGGGGCCUGUCUCAUUGAUGAAUAAGGCCCCAAGUUAGUUUGUUAGUUGUGACUAUUGUAAUGUAAAGAGAAGUUUCUAGCUCCUCCCCACCUGGCACAGUGUCCCCCAUUCAAACCCUGGGGACUUCUCCCUGCUUUCCCCCACCAGCAGGAUCAAUGCUGGACUCUUCCAACUGCCCUGCACCGACGUCUGUGUGCUGCAGCUGCAUUAUGAGAGGGAGCUCUCCUGCUGCAAUCACUGUCCAGAGUACUCACAGAGGCUCCCUCUGCACCGCGUGAGCUGGAUUAGAGUUGGCGUAUUGGUAGAAUUAGAAGUUGAAUUAUGGGUAAGAAAAGGGUUUAGAUUAUGGGUAGGAUUAUAGGUUGGAUUAAAGGCAAUGUUAGGGGCAGGGAUUGGGUAAAAUAUAUACAUGUAGGAUAUCAAUGUACUAGAGAACAAUAGCAAAAUACAAAUAUGGGGUGGUUCAGGUAGCUGGGACAUGUGUGGUCUGUCAAUUUCCCCAAAAUAUAUUAACAAAUUUGACAUAGGUUUGUUAUAAAAUGGUUAGCUGAAAAGUGUCAAAAUGCUCUUAGUUACAUAGAGUGUGUGAUGUACUUUCUUGUUUUCGUAAUUACACCCUAUUCCAAAUUAUUAUGCAAAUGUUAUUUUUCUCAUUUACCUAAAUAAUUGAUGUAAAUAACAGUCAGCAUAAUUCUCGUGUUAUCAGCUAUUAAGAGUACAAUUCAUAUUUUAUUGAACAGACCUCCUAAUUUUUUUUAAUUUGUAUAAAUUUUUAUUAGUUUUAUCACAAAAUACAUAAAAAUCAUUUCCAUACAACACACUCGACAUAGGUAUUGGUUUGAGACAGGUUACACAUAAAACAUAGAAGAAACCUACAACAGUCUAUCAAACAAUACAUAAAUAUCUUAGUAUGCUAAUAAGCCAAAAUACAGAUAAUAACCUGGGCCCUUCACCCAUCUGACCGGGGGUGUUCUACCCAACUCUCAUCUCCAAUCUCCCCAUUAUCCUAUAUUAGAGGCGUACUCCAACUCCACAUAUUGAUCGUCAUCUACAUCCAUAUCCUGGGGGAAAAAAGGCCCUAUAACAAAUAAACAUCUUCUGUACGGCAGAUAGAAUCACUCUAUAUAAAUAGGAAUGAGGAGAUAUGCCAAAAACUGUAUAAUAGAUAACCCGGGAAGAUGGAAUAAGAUCGUUCAAAAAUCUCAAUACCCGUGUUUAACAAACACACACAUAUCACAUACAUUGUUCCGAGAUUCCAUGGGGAAGUGAGCUGAUGAGGAGAGAACAAACCUCCUAAUGAUAACAGUAUUUUCUUUAAACAUAAAAAACUUUUAAUGCACUGUUCCACAUUAUUACGCACAGUAAGUUUACAACUUUAUAGGUUGUAAAGAACUGAAAAUUGUCAUUUGUUGUGUUUGCAGCAUAUUUACUGAAAUCAAAAGCUAUUUGAAUCAAACUUAUAACAACAUUUUAACUUUUUAAACAUUUUAACAUGUCAUGUUACAUUUUAACAUAGGACCCCUUAUUUGAUAGCAGCUUCACAAGUCUUGCAUCCAUUGAACUUGUGAGUUUUUGGACAGUUUCUGCUUGAAUUUGUUUGCAAGAUGUCAGAAUAGUAUCCCAGAGCUGCUGUUUGGAUGUAAACUGCGUCCCAUCCUCAUAGAGCUUUUGCUUGAGGAUGCUCCAAAGUUUCUCUAUAGGAUUGAGGUCAGGGGAGGAUGCAUAGUUCUUCCUUCUUUACCAGGGAAGAAAGUGGUCAGUCAGAAACUCCACAUACUUUGUAGAGGUCAUCUUUACACCUUUGGGGACCGUAAAUGGGCCGACCAGCUCGCUUCCCAUGAUUCCCUCCGAAAACAUGACUCCACCACCGCAUUGCUGACCUCGCAGCCUUGUUGGAACAGGGUGGCCGUCCACCAACCAUCCACUACUCCAUCCAUCUGGACCAUCCAGGGUUGCACGGCACUCAUCAGUGAACAGGACUGUUUGAAAAUUAGUCUUCGUAUAUUUUUCUGCCCAAUGCAGCCGUUUCUGCUUGUGAGUAUUGGUUAGUGGUGGCCGAAUAGAAGGUUUAUGCACAGUUGCAAGACUCUGGAGGACUCUACACCUUGAUGUCCGUGGGACUCCAGAGGCACCAGCAGCUUCAAAUAUCUGUUUGCUGCUAUGUAAUGGUAUUUUAGCAGUUGCUCUCUUGAUCCGAGAUCUGGCAGAAAUCUUCCUCAAUGUGCCUUUAUCUGCACGAACCUGUCUGUGCUCUGAAUCAGCCACAAAUCUCUUAAUAGUGCGAUGAUCAAGCUUAAGUUUUGUGAAAUAUCUAAUGUUUUCAUACCUCGUCCAAGGCAUUGAACUAUUUCACUCUUUUCGGCAGCAGAUAGAUCCUUUUUCUUCCCCAUAUUGCAUGAAAAUGGUGCUCUGUUUAAUAAUGUGGAACACCCUCCUUUAGUAGUUUUUCCUUAAAUUGGGCUCACCUGGCAAUCUAAUUAUCACAGGUGUCCGAGAUUGUUUUCAGUGAUCAAAAGAGCCCUGAGACACAAUGCCAUCCAUGAGUUAAACUGAAAAACUAAAUAUUUAAUCUUUGUGACACUUAAAUAGAAUUUGCAUAAACAUUUGGAACAGGGUGUAAAGUUGUAAUUUUAGCAUGCCAGGUUUUGCAAAGUUCUAGGUUUAAAACCAUAAUUGACUCAUUACAGUAUUUGUUUUAUAACUUUUAAAAAUUAGUUGAAAUCCUAGACAUUUUGGGCAUUUUAACAAUCAGGAUUAGUUAUUGAUAGGGAUGCACCGAAAAUUUCGGCCGAAAAAAGGGUCACCUGCCGAAAAUAGGGCAGAGUGACUUGUCAGGUCCUCGGUACAUGACUGGUUGCCUGGAGAGAGAGCCAGUACAGUCUGCAGCUCCGCUCGGUGUGAGCUGCGGACUGUGCUGUAUCUCACAAUCUCUGGUUUAUCAGAGCGUUUCCGCGGAUUACCACGGCAACGCUCUGAUUUCUGGAGCUCGCGAGAUACAGCACAGUCUGCAGCUCACACUGGGCGGAGCUGCAGACUGGGGAGACGACCACUGGAACACCAGGGAGAAUGGACACUGGAGAUACAGCACAGUCUGCAGCCAGGACACCAGACUGCCAGGGAAACAAAAAAAAAGAAGGUAUUUUUAACACCCUUCCUCACUGUUACCAGUCACCCCCUCCCUCACUCACCAGUCACCCCUUCCCUCACUCACUGUCACCAGUCACCCCUUCCCUCAGUCACUUUCACCAAUCACCCUCUCCAUCAGUCACCCCCUCCCUCAGUCACUGUCACCAGUCACCCCCUCCCUCUGUCACCACUCACCCCUCCCUCAGUCAUUGUUACUCUGUCACCAGUCACCCCCUCCAUCAGUCACUCUGUCACCCCCUCUCUGUGAAUGUCCCCAGUCAUUCUGUCACCAGUCACCCCGUCACUCUGUCACCCCGUCACUCUGUCACCAGUCACCCUCUUCCUCACUCUGCCACCAGUCACCCCCUUCCUCACUCAGUCACCCCCUCCCUCCCUCUGCUCAUUACCUUCAAAGGGAACCGUCUAUUAAGUGCUCUCUGGGCGGCCGCCGUUCGUAUAUGCGAAUGCCACGUGGAAGAGAAAACUGCGGCCAUCUUGUUUGCACGAAAGGAGGCAGCGGGACUUGGUCGUCGAGUGUCUGCAACUAACAUCAGACACUCGACUUCCCGAACCACCGCUGAAACAUAUGAACACCUGCUUCCUUUUGUUGCCGAACUAGGAGAGCGCCAUUCGGUAGUUUGGUUCAUACGAACACGGGGAGCAAUCGCUCCUAUGAGCCAGGAGGCUCCAUUCGUGCUUUUAUUCGUUUUUAUGCAGUUCUCUGAAUUGACCGGCCGCACACACUGAAUUUGUGGAACUGUUUUGGGCAAGAGCCUCGUGUGCGGUCGGUGAACUAAGACUUCCAUACUUUUUGAGAACCCCUGAACCGAUCUGGAUGAAAUUUGAAUAUGUUGGUUUUCCAGAUCGGAGCUAUCAGGGGACAUGUCAUUUGUGGAGAUACAUUGUGUAUAAUGGGGUGUUCCAAGUUUUGGGGAAAUUGUGUGUCCUCUGCCUUGAGAUAAUUGGGUUAUUCCUUAACUUAUCUCAGAAUCUCCCAGGUAGAGGAAGGGAGGGUUUUACUGUAAAGCUGUAUUAUGAUUGGUUGUUCCUUUUGUUUACUGUGGGAGGUCCUCUUACAGGAGGAUUUCCAUAAAAGCCAGUGUGGCGUCAAUAUCAUUCCUGUUGUACCCUUCAUGAAGUCUAGGCUCAUGCUUGGGGAAUAUUUUAUUUGCUGGGGAGAAUCGUCUUGGAAGCUGCAUUCAUCUACACUAUUCCUCUACACCCUAACUGCAGUUAUAAUCACUUAUGCUCAGCUAUUGGGAAAGGAAUAGACCUCAGUAUCAUAACCACUGAAGGUCUUAACACACACUAUAUAACCUACACACUACAUCCCUUUCCCACACCUCACUAUAUUCCAUACACACACUACAUAAGCUACACACACUACAUCCCUUUCCCACACCUCACUAUAUUCCAUACACACACUACAUAAGCUACACACACUACAUCCCUUUCCCACACCUCACUAUAUUCCAUACACACACUACAUAAGCUACACACACUACAUCCCUUUCCCACACCUCACUAUAUUCCAUACACACACUACAUAAGCUACACACACUACAUCCCUUUCCCACACCUCACUAUAUUCCAUACACACACUACAUAAGCUACACACACUACAUCCCUUUCCCACACCUCACUAUAUUCCAUACACACACUACAUAAGCUACACAAAUCAUUUGGGGGGAAAAGUUGUUUUCGGUCAAGGGCAUCCUUAAGUUUCUGUUUCGAUUUCCGUGCAUCCCUAGUUAUUGAAUUCAUUUUGAGUUAUUUUUAUUUAUUUGCACUUGGUGUGCAGAAAUUAUUGAAUGUAAAACUGAGAAUUUAUUUCCCCAUUUUUUAAUACUUUACCCCUACUUAAUAUUGCGUUAUGUAAAUAUCUAGGGUGUCUUUCAAAGGAAAGCCCCAUUUCUCCUUUUAAAAAUAAUACAUAAAAUGUGUGGAUCCAAACAGGGGGGGGGGAUUGUGUUAGAAUGAACGCAUGGCAGAAAUGCCAAAAAGGCCUUGGUCACAAAUGCAUUGCAGCUCAAAAAAGCCUUCGUCCAGGUUUAGGGGUUAAUUUAUAGGAAGACGGACAUCUACCUUUGUUUUCAAAUGUGGGUUUGUAAUUGCAUAAAUGGGCAUUGUAAUGUUUUGAAUGACUGAAUUUGCAUUUAAAGUAACAUUGCCACAGGUUGUGUAUGAAGUAAAACAUUUUGUUACUUUAUUUCUUACUUUUUGUUAUGCGAAGCAUUAACUUUGGCAAAGGGCAGAGCUUUAAGUGAACAUGUUAAAAAUCCCCCCAAACGCAUUGAAUACAUCAUUUAUAACCCAGGACAUACUUGAAAACGAGAGCUAUCUCAAUGUAUCUUUCCUGGUAAAAUAUUUUAUAAAUAAAUAAAUAACAGAUACAUACAUUUAGUGCAAAAUGUGUAUAUUUGAACUCUGCCACGUCCAUGCCUUCGUGGGUGUUACCUCCAGUCUGCCCAUCCUCCAUUCAUCUGCUGUCUUCUAUUUGCACUGAUUGGGGAUGUUUCUUCAAGUAGUGCAAAACCUUAUCCUUGACUUUGACACGCUGGCUUAACUGACAUCACUGUGGGUUUAUACUCCCCAGCCAGCGGUGUCAUCUAGACAUUUUCAGUAGCAACCACAGCACAUGUGGGAGGUCUCUUCUGCUCCCCUUGUCAGUCAAUUAGCAAGGGUGGGUAGAAUCUCUAAGAUAAGGAAAGAAAAAUGGAUGAAUUUUACAACUACGGAGUCUGAAUUAUUCACCAAAUUGUGAAUUUAAUGUCAUUUUGAAAGUAAUUUAAAGUGAAUUAAAAAUCAAUUGUAAAUACAUGGCAUGGUUCUCGGCAGAGGUAAUGGCGGGUCAAGACCCUUCACAAAUAACAACUUGUUAAACAUUAACAGUUAAAACUAAAGGCACCCUUGAUUAUAAUAGGAGGAUGGGGGGGAGGUGGGGAUGAAGGAGCGAACAGAUACUCAGUUCAUUUAGUUACCUUAGUUUUCCAAUUUUUGUUUAAUUACGCCAAGUUUACUUUACCAUAUUGAAGGAUUCUCUGUCUUACACCUACACACAUUACUAACAGACAAACCCUAACCAGAGUUAACUAAGUUUCAUGAGGUCUGAUGUGACAUAUCAACACGAUAAUGACUGCACAAAUUGAACACUAACUAUCUAGGGGAACUGGAUGUAGACACUGCCUCCUUUUUAUCACAUUGUUUUUCCUCUGCUUUGUAUUACUCCUUUCUUUUUAUGUUUUGUUACCUAAGAAAAGAAAAGGUGACUGUAACAGUAAGCCAUUUGCAAUGUCAACCCUACAACUGCUCAUUAUUCACAAUUUGUGAAGACGUUAUUAGACAUAUUGUAUUACUUUUAUCUGGUAUUCACAAUAAAAACCGCUAUUAAAAAAAUAAGUUUUAGGCCAGUUUAUUUGAACUGAAUAGAUAGCUGAAUUUUUCAAAUUUGGCUAUUUUUUCAUAUUGAAAUUCUGACAAUUCCUAUUUUAUUUAGUAACCGUGGAACACAAAGUAGGGAAUGCUGGGUCACAUUGUAUAUAUUGGAUUUGUGAAAGACUUUUUCAUGCUUCAAUUUAAAAAAAAAGUUUUUUUCUUUGUUUAGACAGACAACAUGGGAUGCUUUUCACUCCUGAAAACCAUGAUGUUCCUUUUCAAUGGCGCAAUAUUUGUAAGUAUAAUAUAAUAUGGGUAAUUAUGUGAACCUGUGAUGGUCCUAGUAAUAUACUGGGCAACAGGGUGAGCCUAGGCAUUAUUUAUGCCUUAAAAACUAGGCCAGAUUUGCUUUUUAAAUCUAAAAUGUUAUAAUGUGGAAAACCGCCUAGAGAUUUAUUUAUUAUCUGUUUCCUUACUGUAGGGCUUAGGCAGUAUCUGUUCUGUGAACCGGGCACCUAGUUUUGGGUAAAGAUUUGAAGAGAUUUUUUCCAAUGUGAAGGCCAAAGGAUAGAUUGGGGUCUAGCAACAUACCUAGAUAUUUAAAAGAGCAGACUGCUGUCAGUGUGCUAUUUGAAUUUGUUGAUUUCGUAGUUUAUGUAAUUUAGGUACAGUUCCAAAGAUCAUUGUAACGGUUUUGUCAGUGUUUAGGAAGAGUUUGUUAUCCGCUAUCCACUUAUCUACCUCUGUGAAUUAGUUUUGUAGCACAGCCUCAAGCUGCGGUAGCUUGGGUUUACUAGCGUAGAUUACAGUGUCGUCUGUAUACAUGUGUACAGUUGAGGAUUUGCAGACGUUAGGCAUUUAUAAAUAAUGUGAAUAGCAGGGGGUCGAGUAUGGAGCCUUGGGGAACACCACACGUGACUGGAAGAGGAAGGGAAGCGCUAUCAGAAAUGGCCACAUAUUGCAAUCGGUCUGAAACAUACGAUCGAAACCAAGUUAGCGGACAAUCACCAAUGACUGAGUUUUUAAGUUUUUGCAAAAGCAUGCCAUGGACUACUGUGUCAAAGGCCUUGGUCUUCCAGAAGGCUACCUGCAAAUGGCAGUGGAACAGGUGAUUGAGCUCUGGGUGCUUUGCUGGACUGGGUAAGUUUAAAAAUCUGGCUGUGGGAGAGAUAUAUAUAUUAGAGUCAUGCAUGUUUGAUUGAAGGGCCAUUUAAGGAAAAAACAAAGAGAAAGAUUGAGAAUUACAGAGGUAUUAAUGAGAUGAGGGACAUGCUAAAUUAAAGGGACACUAUAGUCACCUGAACAUCUUCAGCUUAAUGAAGUUGUUCAGGUGAGAACUAUAGCUCCCUGCAGCCUUUCUCAUGUAAACACUGUAUUUUCCAAGAAAAUACAGUGUUUACAUUAGAACCUAGGAACAACUCCAGUUGCAGUCACUUAGACUGCCACCAGAGGGACUUCCGAGUUCAGAGCUGCCUAAUUCGCAUUCAUCACGUUUGACGUCUUCACACUUGGAUGAAUACAUCAAACGUGAUAACGGGAGACAGGAGGCACUGUGAAUGCGCCUCCUGUUUCCUGUAGUAAUCCGAAGCCUGUCUGCAAUCAGAGUCGACGGUGUGGGAGAUAACGAUCUCCUGCACACAGAGUCGGCUCGAGCUGACAGGCAGGAGGAUGCAGAGAUCUCCUGACUUCAAACAGUAAGUACACUUAUUUUAAAAUUUGAGAGUGAGUGUGAGACAGUGUGAGUAAGAGAGUGAAUGUGAGAGACAGUGUGAGUGUGAGAGAGACAGUGAGUGUGUGACAGUAAGUGUGAAAGAAACAGUGAGUGUGAGAACAGUGGCAUUCAAUUCCUCUCUAUGAAGAACACAAUUGGUGCAGCGCGAAACCGCGCAUGCGCACCAGGUCGCUAUGACGCUUCUCCAAGAGAAGUGUCUGAUUUAGCCCUGCUGCAUCAUCAUUUUGAUGAAAAGGGGGACGCGUUCUGCCGAGGAGCUCGGCGCUGGAACGGAUGUAAGUUUAAAUGAUAGUUACAGAUAGGUAGAGAAAGAUAGAUAGAAAUAGAUAGUGUGUGUGUGUGUGUGUGUUUAACAAUAUUUAUUUAAAAUUUGAAUGUUUUUAUACAAACACUAUAUAUAGAGAUAUCUCUAUACAUAGUGUUUCUAUGUAAACACACAAAGUUUGUGCUGGAGGAGGGCGGGCAUAGACAGCGAGCUGAACUGUCAGUCAGCUCAGUUCGAGGACGUGCAUAUCGCGCAGUAGAUCGCUCAGUGUUCAUUCAUAGGGCGGCAUUCAAUGCUGCUCUAUGAAGACCGCGAUUGGUGCAGCGCAAAGCCGCGCAUGUGCACCAGGUCGCUAUGACUGAGCCCUGCUGCAUCGUCAUUUUGAUGAAAAAGGGGGCGUGGCUUGCUGAGGAGCUCGGCGCUGGAAUGGAGGGAGGUAAGUUUACAUGAGAAAAAGUGCUCCGAAUUUAUUUUUAUUUUUUUUAAAUGGGAAGUUAAUAUAAAAACAAGAAAAAUGGCUAGGGGACCUGUCUUUCUUGCUUUUAUAUGUUGACUAUAGUGAUCCUUUAACCCCUUAAGGACACAUGACAUGUGUGACAUGUCAUGUUUCCCUUUUAUUCCAGAAGUUUGGUCCUUAAGGGGUUAGAAUCCUGUUUUUAAAGGACCACUCUAGGCACCCAGACCACUUCAGCUUAAUGAAGUGGUCUGGGUGCCAGGUCCUUCUAGGGUUAACCCAUUUUUUCAUAAUUAUAGCAGUUUCAUAGAAACUGCUAUAAUUAUGAAUGGGUUAAGCCUUCCCCCUAAUCCUCUAGUGGCUGUCUCAUUGACAGCCACUGGAGGCGCUUGCGUGCUUCUCACUGUGAAAAUUACAGUGAGAGCACGCCAGCGUCCAUAGGAAAGCAUUGUAAAUGCUUUCCUAUGAGACCGGCUGAAUGCGCGCGCAGCUCUUGCCGCGCGUGCGCAUUCAGCCGGCGGGGCGUAACGGAGGCGGAGAGGAGGAGGAGAGCUCUCCGCCCAGCGCUGGAAAAAGGUAAGUUUUUACCCCUUUCCCCUUCCAGAGCCGGGCGGGAGGGGGUCCCUGAGGGUGGGGGCACCCUCAGGGCACUAUAGUGCCAGGAAAACGAGUAUGUUUUCCUGGCACUAUAGUGGUCCUUUAAUGGGUGUUGAAAUUUAUAGACAAUAUAAGCAAUGCUAGAAUUACAUUGAUUGCCUGUAAUAAGAAAAUGUAAAUAUAUGAAUGACUGUGCUGUUUGCUGUAAUGCAUACUUUGCAUGACAUUUAUAACAAACAUAGGCAUAUUUCCUAAACGAAUAUCAGUUUGUCUAAAAUAAAAUUGUCUAAAUGGGCUCUUUAAUGUUUUAAAUUAUUGGAUGUACAUUUAAAGGGAGACUAUAGGCACCAAUACAACGUAACGUUUGUGAAGCAGAUUGGUUUUGGUUUACAGAUCAUGCCCCUGCAGUCUCACAGCUCAAUUUUCUACCAGUAAGAGUUAAAUCACUGUACAGCCUCUAGACUCUAUACAGCCGUAGUAACAUCGCCCUGCAUAUGGCUUGCACAGCCAUCCUAAACACUUCCUAUAAAGAGAGAUAUAAUGUUUAAAGGGAUCCUAUAGGGCCAGGAAAACAAACCUAUUUUCCUGGCACUAUAGGCUCUUGGAGUGCCCCCUCCCUCAGCGCUGAAGGAGUUAAAACCCCUUUAGCCACUUACUUUAAUACACCGCUCCCUCAGCGCUGGUGACCUCUCUUCCUCCAUCGACGUCAGCUCCUGAGUGUAGCCGAAUGCGUGGCCAGAAACAAAUUCUAUGAAACCAGCAUUACUUCACUGAGCCAUCUCACCAUACCCCCUCCUGGAUCACUGUGCCCUGUGCGCUGACAUACCCAUCCUAACAGCCUCCCAGGCAGCGCUAAACCGAAAGGAAUGCCACAAUAUUCCUUGCUGACAAUUCCAAGAACCAUUUUACGCGAGUGAAAAACCCAAAGAAUUGGGAGUGGGAAAGAAAAGAUCCCAUCCGCAUAACUCCAAGAGGACCCGUGCAUAACGGGCGCAGCCCACAGUGCACCUGAAAGGAAAAAUUACAACAGCCGACCCCCUAUACCCUUCCCAAAAACAUCCGACCAUGAUUGUCAAAAACUCAUAGUGAUAUGAUCCACAAGGCGCCGAAUGGUGGCAAACAAUAUCCAACCACCGCCUGGCCUACUAUGAAUCACCAAUUCCCCAAUGUACAUGGCCCCAACGAAUUCCAGGGAAUAGGCAAAUGCAAAGAGACAGGCCUCAAAAUAGGUUACCCGACCAGAGGGGGAACCCCACCCAGUCUUGUCAGGAGCAUAGCGUCCAGGUGACCUUGGAAACCGAUCCACGGACCCAUUCCAUCACUCUGCCUUACCGAACGACCAGAUGUCUGCCGGAGAAGGCGUCCCCACCAGAUUCCUCUGAGGGGCAACCCCCCAAAACUUCGACCACCGAGAACGAGAGAGAGCAUCCACCAUAACAUUGUGAACUCCCGGUAUACGCUCUGCCCUACAAUACACCUUGAGACACAAACGUCGAAGUACCGACCGCCUAAGCAAGCGAACCACCGAAGAGGAAGAGGCCGGCAGCCGAUUAAUGGCCGGCACAACCCCCAAAUUGUCGCAGUGAAAACACCCUUCAAUCCUGAAAAAACAUAACCCCCAGACCUCCACCACCACCAAAAUGGGGAAAAGCUCCAAAAAGGCCAGAUUGUAUGUGAGCCCAGAGACACACCCACUAUGAGGCCACACGGCAGCACACCAACUAGAGCCCAAAAUGCCCCCAAACCUCACCGAACCAGCCGUGUCCGGAAAGAGGUGGAGGUCGGCGUUAGAAACCUCCGGCAUUGCAACCCAUAGGAUCAGCCAUUAGAUGCAGUCAAGAAGGAGUCCCAAACCGCCAAAUGAGUGAGCCGAAUGAAAUGGCAAGCCCGGAGACCCCGGCCAUCGCCGGUUAAAGACCUGCCCCACGGUCAGGAUCCCACAGGCAAAAUUCCGCUUACCCAGGAGAGAUUGCAGGCAGCGCAGCUGAACUUAGCGCCGCCCCCCCUGGCCAAGGCCACCUCGCGCCGGAAGCCUUGAAUCUUAUCCUGAGGCAAGCGGCAUUCCCCCGCCAAAGAGUCAAUCUCCAUGCCCAGAACGUGGAGACAGGUGUCCGGGCCCACCGUCUUGCAGUGUGCCAACAGAACCCCGAACCGAUGGAACUCCUCAACCAAAAACCCACCGCAGUAUCGCAUAGUUUGGCGAAUCGUCAGAACCCACGCAAAGGAAAUCAACAAAGCAGUGCAGCAAAGAGCCAGUCCCUGCCACCUUCCUCACCACCCAGUCCCAGAACGUGCUGAAGCAUUCAAAGAAAAAUCAGGACAUGGAACACCCAUCGGGAGGCACACAUCCACGCCAUACCUGUCCUCAAACGCACCCAUAAGAUGGUGACAGUCCGGGUGCACUGGCAGCAAACGGAAAGCCAAUUCCACUUCAGCCAUGGCCAACAAAGCCCCGCCCGGGCCCGUGGCCCCCACCAUGUCAGCCGCCGCAUCAAAGGAUGCAGAAGACAUCAAGCAGAGUACCAAAAGGAUGUCAUCACUCCGGUAGUGGAGGGUUCUUAAAGGGACCACCCACGCGACCCAGAGAUACUUCGUUGCCCAGAUUCUCUAGCCAUCUGAGGGGACUUCCGAACCGAGCGAAGGCUUCCAACCCACCGGGAAGGGGGAGGUGGGGGGCAACCACAAACCAUGCACAAACACGCCUAACAGGAUGUCAGCAGCCCGUCGAUUCCUAUAGCGGGUGAGCCAAGGGCGCCAAUUUACCACCCGCUCCAUGCAGCGGGAGAUGGGAUUGGCUCCCCCACAGGUGGACUCUUUCGCAUCCUCCUCCACGCCUGGAGGAGCCUCAUCCAUGGGAGCGAGGGGGGGAUAAAACUGCCACAAAUCCCCUCCUCCGCAAGCGCAAGCCCAAAAUUUGUUUUUUGUAUUUUAAUAUAUUUAUUUUGGUUUUGGGGGAUCUCUGGUACUAGUACUUCUCCUAACCUGACCAACACAUAUAGGCGGACUCACGCGCCACGUUAGAAACACCUAAGGCUGGAGACACCUCUGCCACAGCAGGCGCCGCGGCACCUGACACCAAGGCAGAGAUGCCAUGGACACUCAGGAAGCCAGUAUCAAUGACCGGGACUUCAAAACAAACAGCCUUGAACCCAACACUGGAUCAGAGAAUGGUUGUCGCCCGGUCAAACUUCUCCUAAUGAUUGCUCGGGCUAGACACUUCCGAUCUAGGCACCGUUUGGACAGUUUUACUCCACAUGUCCAGAGCUUUCCAGUGAUGUCUGCUGCAUGGGGAUAACCCGGGGAAAAUGUGUUAAUUUGGGGAUACUGUUGUAAGGCACCCUGGUGUCUGGUAGUUUAUUUAGUUAUCUAGUUGUGAUUUAGUUAUCUCCCACUCACAAAGGCGCCGGGGGUAGAGAAUGUAUUGUGUGUGUCCCUGUUGGGAAAAUGUGUAUGAUCUUGUGUGAAUCUUGUGGGAAUGUGUGUAUGAUGACCCCCUGUUGGGAAUAUGCGUGUAAACUGGCCUGUUGCUGAAUAAAAGUUAUUCAUACUUUACUCUUCAAGUUCCUACUGGUGUUUGAGAUUUUAGCUAUAAUCACUCUAAACCUCAUGUAUCCUGUAUCCACAGGAGAAUUUAGUCACAUAAGAAGACACAGGCACUAAGCACUGUGGCAUAUAUGUAUGGUGGCAAUGAAGGAAAUGAAUCUGUCUUGUCUGGGAUUUUAAUGUGAGGAAGUUUUACAUUUUGUGGUAGUUGGUCAGUUAGACAGGUAUCUGGGCAGAAAUGAUGACACAGCUGUUUCUGGGGGGUGGAGCUGGCCUUGGAUUGGUUAAAGGUUUCAAGCAGUAAAAGAGCGGGAAACUGGGACAGUAUAAAAAGCUGCAGUGCGAGAGCAAUCCUGUUAGAGUGGACUAAAGAGUAAACUUCCCCUUAAUUGUAUUGUUGUGGUGUUAUGAAGCAUUAGGGGAAAAGUCAUCCUCAGGGUCAAGUUCUGAGGAAGAAUAUGGUGGUAAAUGGUUUUAAAUAAAAGGCGGUCAGGUUAGUUAUGACUGACUGGCUAUUUGGUGGUUAAUAAAGUUAAAAGUUUGGAAAGGUUUAUGGUUAUGAAAUUAUGGUUUUAAGCCACUUGAGCUUUGAAUAAACACCACGGCCAGUGGCGGAACUACUGCGGUCUCGGGAUUUGCAGCUGUGUUGCGGCCCCGGUGUAUAUAUGUGUGUGUGUGUAUGUCUGUCUUUGUGUCUGUAUAUGUGUGUUUGUAUGAUGUCUGUCUCUGUGUGUGUGUGUUUGUAUGUGUGUGUCAGUAUGUAUGUGUGCCUAUAUGUGUGUGUAUCUAUGUGUGUGUCUGCAUGCGUGGGGAGGCAACUUAUGGGAGGGUUGACAUAUGGGGGGGGGCCCAGGACAAUUUUCGCACCGGGGUCCAGUGGUUUCUAGUUAUGGCCAAGCCCAUUGAAAAGUAAUUAAAUGUUGUCUGUGGUUAUUGUGUGGUCUAAUUUUAUUUAUACAAAUAUUGACUACCAUACAUAUAAAUCAGUGUGAAAAUAUGGCAUUUAGUGAAUAGACCCUAAAUUGAUUACUUGCAUGUGUAAAACAAUAUAUGAGAAAUAAAAAAUUUGAAUAUGAAUGUAUGAAACCGAGCAAGCAGUGAGAGUGAAGUAGAAUGUGUGACGAGAAGACAGAUAUUGCAGUCACAGAGCUCUAUAAUUCUCUUCCCUUCUCUGCAGUUGGGGGGUGCAGUGAUUUUGGCCAUUGGUAUCUGGGUGAAGGUGGAUGGAGGAUCCUUUCUUAAAAUCCUGGUAACGGCAGCACCUCAGCUCCUGCAGGUAGUGAAUGUGGGAUAUCUGUGCAUUGCUAUUGGAGCAUUCCUCGUACUCAUGGGAUUUCUGGGCUGCUACGGAGCUAUGAAAGAAAGUCGAUGCAUGCUAAUGAUAGUGAGUGUCACCUAUAGUAUGUAUUUAUAUUAGACUGAACAAAAUUAUAAAUACAACACGUUUUUUCCCCCAUUUUUCAUGAGCUGAACUCAAGGUUCUAGGGCUUUUUUCUAUGUACUCAAAAGGCCUAAUUCUCUCAAUUAUUGUUCUCAAAUCUGUCUAAAUCUGUGUUAGUGAAAAGAAGUGUUUGAAAUGUGUCAUAUGUCUUUAGUUAAACUGUUUAUUGUCAGGGACUCAAAUUGAAUUUUGAUCUAAAAUAGCCACAUUGCAAAAAAAGUAUGCAAUGUUUUCAGUGUGGCUGUGUUGGCCUGCAAUUUUAGAUUCAUGGUGAAUAACCUACAUAUAACAAUUUAUUGAAUAACCUUGUCCUGCUUGUUCAGUAAAGAGGAUUAUUACCCAAACUCUAAAUUAUAGGAAAUGGAUAUCCAAAUGACAAAAUUUAAACAGAAAAGUUGUGGAGAUCUUUAACAAAUCACUUUUUUUGGACUACAUUUUGCCAUUUGGCUUACAAAUCAGAGUUUCAGAUUUUUGAAAUAUACUGUACUUCAGUAGUCUGACAAUUUACAUAUUAUUAUUAAAAAACAAACCAACAUACUUUUGGCAAUGAUUUUGCCUGCACAGUAUGUAGCUUAGAUGUAAACUUGUUACACGGUCACGUGUUUUGUGGGUGGCAGGUUAACACUCCAAGCACCAAAACAACUUAAUCUAAAUGAAGUUGAUAUGUUGCCAGGAGGCCCCUGGAGGCACUCCUACCUCAAGAGGUUAAACUGUUCUCAUAUAGACUCCUACCCCUGUGACCACUUCAAAUCACUGAAGUGGUCAUGGCUGUUGAAGUCUGUGUAUGCAGGCUCCAAAGAGUCUCUUUAAUGUAGAGGGAAUUAACUUUGGGGUAAGUAAGCAUUGCCAUUUAAUUUAUGUAGUGGGCAAUCUACACGUCACUUGGCACUUAAUUUGGUGAUUGGCUAUGGGCAUUAUGUUGCUUGGGGCUAAGCCUGUGUUUACAAAGAAGCAACUGGGCAUGUACAAGUGUGCACACCUGUUGAGUUAAAUAUAACUUCACUCUAACUCACGUUCUGUUUGGGAAUAGGAUGGAGUCUAGAACUAUUAUCUUUUGCUAAGUACAAUAGUCGUUAGACUACAGGACUGGAGGAUUCACUGUGCCUCUUCUUCCACACGUCCCAAUAAAAGGCCACCAUUUCUCUCCUGGGAGCUGGGAUCAGGGUAAGAGAUUGUGAAGAGUCAUAUUAAUGUGUUUCCAAAAAUAAUUUAGGAAUGAACUUUUGAGCUAAUCUGCCUAAAUGUUAGACCAAUUCUGAUCAUUUUCUACAGGGCAUAGAUGGUUUAAUUAGGAACUAAUCUGGAUCAGUUUAGAAUUUUAUCUUCUAAAUUUGGAUAGCAUUUCAUUCAUUGAAUUUCAAAUAAAAUGUUAGCCUACUGUAAAUAACCAUAAAUUAUGUUACAAUGGCGACAAUCAAGUAAUUGCCACAAACUAAGACGGGUUUGGAGGUCUGUUCUGGGUUGUAAAGUGUAUGACAUUUUUAUUAUCUGUUUUGGGCAUCUUAUAAUCAUUACUUCAAAGGGAUAGUGUAAACACCAUAGCAACUAUAGCCUGCUGUAAUGGUUAUGGGGACAGGAGUCUCCUGGUGCUGUCCUAUGGUAUGCAGUCAAGCAGUUUUCUAACAGUCUGAUGCUUACUUAGAUCACCCCAGUGAGCUGACACUCUAAGUCAAUGAAUUCUGUUUGAACACAAGCAGAGCUAACAUCAUUAAUGUGGAAGUAGGCCAAAAAAUAAAUAAACUGAGACAAGAAUGCAGGUACCUGGAGACCCAGGUAAGAACCAAACUGUUAGAAAUGGUUUGACUAUUUACUGUGGGACAGGGUCAGACCAAGGGACUCCAGGCACCAUAACCACUACAGCCCACUGUAAUAGUCAUGGUGCCUAGACUACACCUUUCAUCUCCGUUGAAACAUGCUGUCAUAGGCAUACAAAAACCUUCACACAAAUGGCACCUUAUUAAUAAAAAAUAUAAAAAAUUUAGGAUUUAAAAAAUGUCUUCUAACACCACAUGUAGAGGUCAUUGUGCUUCGUCUUCCCUGAUCGUAGUUCGCUCUUUCUGACACUCACAUGAUUUGCUAAUGAAUACACACACCUGAUCCUGCUCGUGAACCUGAUACACAUUUAUACUAGGACCUGCUACAGGUAAGAAAGUCGUAUUUGUGGUCUUCAGCAUAUCAACACUGCAGUCUUUACCUUCUGCUUGUGGACCCAGGAUGCAGUCUGCAGGAUGAGAAAAAGCUGAAGUUAGGAGCAUGAAAUAUAGGUUCUAUAUAAAGCUGUAAUACAACAAAUAGGGUGAACGGGACAGAAAAUCAGACAAAAUCCAAAGAGGAAAAUGCUGAAGAAUCUCAGUGUAAGAGACAAUCCUUCAAACACAGUGUUCUGUGUUGAUAAUUGUAAUACUUUUAUAGUUUAGCAUCCUUUGUGGUAUCAAUGCAGGAAUAGUGUAACCAAAACAACAAUUUCCUGCAUACAGAGUAAUACAUAAUACGUGCUAAAUCUAACUAAAUAAAGCAUGAUACAAAAAAAAAAUGGUUAUAUUGGAUGGGUAAGAAUCUGUGUUAGUGAGCACUUCUCCUUUGCCGAGAUAAUCCAUCCACCUCACAGGUGUGGCAUAUUAAGAUGCUGAUUAGACAGCAUGAUUGUUGUACAGGUGUGCUUUAGGCUGGCCACAAUAAUGGGUGCAAAAACAAAAGUGUUGCGUUUAUAAUUUUGUUCAGUGUAUAUUUAUUUUAAUUAUUUGAUUUUUGUAAUCACUCCAAAUAACUCCUCCUUUUACUCCACAAGACAUCUCCCGGUAACUCCUAUUACUCUGUAAAUCUUCUCUCUAUAACUCUUCCUUUUACUCCUCGUAAUCUCUCUCUAUAACUCAUAUUACUCCUUAUAAUUUGUCUCUAUAACUCUUCCUAUUAUUCCAUAUGACCUUUCCCUAUAACUCCUCCUAUUACUCCAUAUAACCUCUCCCUACAACUCCUCCUUUUACUCCAUAUAACCUUUCUCUAUAACCCCUGCCAUUAUUCCAUGUAAAUAACAGUUUUAAAUUGUCUGCCCCUUCAGUUCUUCUUCAUCAUCCUCAUCAUUUUCGUUGCUGAGACAGCUGGGGCAGUUGUAGUGCUGGCGUUCUCCUCCCUGGUAAGAAUCCUACUUGAUACAUACCAUGCUGGUUAUAUGGGGAAAGAAGAUAAAGUGGGGAGAUAAGUAACUAUCUAGCCCAGGCCUUACAUAGACUGACAUAUGUGUAAGGGUUAUGGAGAGGCACCAUAUGGUGUUUUGGGAUCUUCCCUGCAGAGUUCACUCUCCAGUAUGUGUUUGACAUAAAUACUGUGCAUUGAGAGCUGAAGAACGUGCCUGAAGAGCGUGCAAUCUUUCAUAAACAGUAUCUUAAAGCAGCUCUGUCAUCGUUAUUUGCCUUUGUACAUUCUCAAACACUAUCAAAGGUAGCAUGCACAGUUGUAGUCCGGUAGCCUGUUAAGAGUAGCUGAAGGUAGAUAUACUUACUUAAAUCUCCUUUAAUAGACGCCACCAUCUUUGUUAAAAGAAACAUCUUCUCUUCUUGGAGCGUCGUUGUAACGGAGCUCCAGUACUCCAACCGAGUACCUCUGCCAAGUCUGCUACCUCUUAGUUAUCAGAGACCUUGGAGCACUUCAUAUCCAGUCACCGAGGCUUCUCUGGGAUCACUGAAGGCGUUUUCCACCCUGGACCAGGCUAAUGUGCUUACAGCCCUGGACACGCUUUCUAUCAGCAGAUUAUAUCCCUUUCCCCAAACACCAGCCGACACAUGGUGAAGGUUAACACCGCAACUCACUUUACUAGACAUAGCACACACAUAUUAACCCCCAACAGCUUAAUUUACAUACAAUAGUGCAUAGAGUACUAUAGUUUCAGGAAGGCUGGGGUGAGACAAUAGCAAGGGCUAAUGGGAAAUUGAGGAGGGACAAAGCAGCUAGUUUAAACUGGUCUGGCAGUGUCAGUGGAACAACGCCCUGCUGGGUAAACAAUAGGACAGGAAAAGGGGGGGGGGGGAGGGCCACAGACAAGCAAUACAUUCAACAUACCCUGCUCCAAUAAUGGCCACGUGACCAAAAUACAAAAGGAAUCUGGGGACCCACACAUAGUUGGUUCUGUAAACAAACGAGGGGUGUACGGACAGCCGAACAAAAGGGAAUAAAAGUGUAGCUAGGGCAUCCAUUCCGUUACAGUUGUCUGCCGGGAGACAUAUUAGUGUUGUACUGCAGGGUCCUCCAAAAACCAACUCUUGUAAUGUUUGAGAGGGUGCCUGCUUAGCAUAAACGUUGGUAACAGGACAAAAAGCAAUGCUUUUCCUUUUGUCAGUUCAGGCUUUGACCAUGAGACAAAACAAUCCAUAGUUUGUCUUAUGAUAUCUUUGGAUUGCAUUAGAAUGUCAGUGGAAUUCCAAUGCCAGGCUCAGCUCAGACAUACAACAUCCAGUUUCUGUCUAAAGUAGUGGAGGCGGGAAGCGGUGCAUACACACCCAAGUUAAUAAGUCAGGCCAGGGAACUCCUGGCACCAUAUCCACUACAUAAAUGCAUGCAAUAGAGAUAUAGAAAGUAUUAGAAAUUGUAAUGUUGGCCAAACCUGCUCAUACUCUGUAUUAUUUUACCAGUCUAAAGUCUUUAUUGAUUUCCUGGGAAAUAUUGCUGUAGAAAACCUGCAGAAUGAUUAUGGCCUAAAGGAGGAAAUUACAACAGUGUGGAAUGUAACAAUGAAGGAGGUAAGAGAUAUCACUCUGUGCUGUAUGACGAACACCCUGCAUUGUAUGAUUUAUCCCAGGGCUAGAGGGAUAUUGCAGCCAGCAAACAGAUCCAAAGAUUCUGUCACUGUAAUCCAUAAAAAUCCACACAGAACACCCAGUUCCAAAUGGAACCACCAACAUUCUUUUUUUUUUGUUUUUUAUUGUGAAUGAAUGGUACAAAAAUAUAGCAGGAGUGACAUUAUCAUUUAUGCUUUUAAGCUGUUAUUCGGUCAGUUACAUUCACUAUUUUAUGGUUUUCGCAACAUAAGCAAAACAGAAUAAAACCAAAGCUUGCUGUGACAAACUUAAUAAAAUAGAAAUAUCAGAAAACAUACAGGGAAUUAUAAUUACAUAAUAACAUAUUUAUAAACAUAUUUAUAAAGGGGUGGGGGAAGACCAUAAUUAAUACAAACAUUCUCUCCUGCUUGCAGAAUUAGCAAUAUGCAACUCUACCUAAAUAUGCAAAUUAGUAAUGCUAAUGUUGAUAGAUCCUUGCAAUCAACAGGUGGCGCUGUACAGAAUCCACAGUGAAAUCCACCUAGUUGGUUUCAACUACUGUCACAGUAUCUAUACACUGAUAAUAUACUUUUUAAUGAUACUGAGUAUCUUCUAUACACUGAUAAUGAAGAUACUGCGCUGUAAAAUAAUCCUGAGUAUCUAUACACUGAUAAUGAACACACUGCGCUGUAUAAUAAUACUGAGUAUCUAUUCACUGAUAGUGAACACACUGCGCUGUAUAAUAAUACUGAGUAUCUCUAUACACUGAUAAUGAACACACUGCGCUGUAUAAUAAUUCUGAGUAUCUAUACACUGAUAAUGAACACACUGCACGGUAUAAUAAUUCCGAGUAUCUAUACUCUGAUAGUGAACACACUGCGCUGUAUAAUAAUACUGAGUAUCUAUACACUGAUAAUGAACACACUGCGCGGUAUAAUAAUUCCGAGUAUCUAUACACUGAUAAUGAACACACUGCGCUGUAUAAUAAUACUGAGUAUCUCUAUACACUGAUAAUGGACACACUGCACUGUAUAAUAAUUCUGAGUAUCUAUACACUGAUAAUGAACACACAGCGCUGUAUAAUAAUUCUGAGUAUCUAUACACUGAUAAUGAAUACACUGCGCUGUAUAAUAAUACUGAGUAUCUAUACACUGAUAAUGAACACACUGCGCUGUAUAAUAAUUCUGAGUAUCUAUACACUGAUAAUGAACACACUGCACGGUAUAAUAAUUCCGAGUAUCUAUACUCUGAUAGUGAACACACUGCGCUGUAUAAUAAUACUGAGUAUCUAUACACUGAUAAUGAACACACUGCGCGGUAUAAUAAUUCCGAGUAUCUAUACACUGAUAAUGAACACACUGCGCUGUAUAAUAAUACUGAGUAUCUAUAUACACUGAUAAUGGACACACUGCACUGUAUAAUAAUUCUGAGUAUCUAUACACUGAUUAUGAACACACUGCGCUGUAUAAUAAUUCUGAGUAUCUGUACACUGAUAAAGAUGACACUGCGCUGUAUAAUAAUACUGAGUAUCUAUACACUGAUAAUGAACACACUGCACUGUAUAAUAAUUCUGAGUAUCUAUACACUGAUAAGGAACACACUGCGCUGUAUAGUGAUCCUGAGUAUCUAUACACAGAUAAUAAACACUGCGCUGUAUAAUAAUACUGAGUAUCUAUACGCUGAUAAUGAACACACUGCACUGUAUAAUAAUACUGAGUAUCUAUAUACUGAUAAUGAAUGCACUGCUCGCAGUUUAGGGAAUAAGAUCCAUCAACUUGUGGCAAUAAUGGCAACUGAUAAUGUAGAUUUAGUCGCUGCUACUGAGACAUGGUAUAGUGAAAUAAAUGACUGGUUCAUGGAUUACAGGAUAAAACUUACCAGGAAAGGUUAAAGGAUCUUAACAUGUAUAGCUUGGAGGAAAGACGAGACGGGGGGAUAUGAUAGAAACAUUUAAAUACAUAAAGGAAAUCAACACAGUAAAGGAGGAGACCAUAUUUAAAAGAAGAAAAACUACCACUACAAGAGGAUAUAGUCUUAAAUUAGAAGGGCGAAGGUUUAACAAUAAUAUCAGGAAGUAUUACUUUACUGAGACUGUAGUGGAUGCAUGGAAUAGUCUUCCAGCUGAAGUGGUAGAGGUUAACACAGUAAAGGAGUUUAAGCAUGCAUGGGAUAUGCAAAAGGCUAUCUAACUACAAGAUAAGGCCAGGGACUAAUGAAAGUAUUUAGAAAAUUGGGCAGCCUAGCUGGGCCGCAUGGUUCUUGUAACGGAUUGCCUGGCACCCCGACUGGGUACCUUGCGUUGACAGAUGCUCCUAGUGCUUCCCGAGGGCUCCAAGCACUCCACUAGACACCAUAAACACUGCAGACCCCACGAACCGCCACAGCUUGGUUGGGGUCUUGCCGUCUUCCUCCUACUCUGGGCCCAAGACUAGGGACCAACUUCCAGUAGGCAGACCUCUCCUAAAUCCAGAGAACAGGAACAGGAACAAGAACAGCUCUUACAAGAGCUAGUGAUUAUACUCUGGGGAGUAUAGUGAUUAUAGCAGUCCCCAGAGUGUAGUUCUCCAAUACCCCAAACAUGAGCCAAGACUUUAUGAAAGGUAGAACAGAUUUACUGAGCACAAAGGCAUUUCUUUUAUACAGUUUUCCCCACAAGGUUACCACCCACGUGGACCUUGUGGAGCACAGGACACAAAGUCACAGCAGCCAAUCAACACAGUACAGUACAGUCAGUCACUUCCAGCUAAUGUACACAAACCCUCCCCCCUGCCUGUGAUACAUUUACCAAACACAAUGGACUAACUCAAUUACCACAGGCAAAAAAUAUCUAAGUAUCCAAAGUCCAGAAACACCCUAAAACAACAACAUAUUCCCACAAAUUAUACAUCCCUGGAUAGCCCUGAUCUGGGUGAACAACAUAUCCAAAGUCCUUAAGGGGUUAAAAUACAUCACAGGGGCAAUAGUCACAGGGCAAGAGGCUGGCAAGCAGGCUUCUCCAAAUCCCAGUGACGAAGGUGCUUUCGUCACAGUUCUUAUCUGCCGCAUUCUAUGUUUCUAUGGCCUGGAGAAUGCUCUCUCCGGCGGAUACCUGCGUGGGGGUAUCCACCGGAGAGACUGUCGCGCCAGCAGGGAAGCUUUGGAGCUGUGAAUUGGUCUCGCGGCUGCAGAGUCCCCACUGGCUGCCUGGAAGGCUGUGCCGACCAAUAGGAGAGGAAGCGCCCAUUCAAACUGGGCUUGCGACAUUCUCCUGGUUGGUCGGCACGAGUGAGCGCUGAUUGGUCACUGCGGGACACAGGCGACCAAUCAAAGAAGGAGGGCUCAUUCAAACAGGGUUUUGCGCCCUUUCUUCUGAUUGGGCGUCGAAACCCCUCUCGUCCCUGGGCGCCGAUUGGCCCAAGUUGGUUUCGCGCCUUUCAGCGGAUUGGUGCAAUCAGGUUUCGUGCCCAUUUUUCUGAUUGGGCCGCGAAACCCCUCACCUUCCCGAAUACCGAUUGGUGCAGCCGAGUUUCACGCCCUUUCUUCGGAUUGGGCUGUGAAAAACCCCCCUCCCCCGAGCGCUGAUUGGCGAGAUUUGGUUUGAGCCCUUUCAGCCAAUUAAUUGUUACUCCAUUUAGGCGCGAAGUUUGAAUUCUGCCUGACUAAACCAAGCAACGGCAUGGAACUAAUUUCUGUGGUGUACAGAGCCCCGAGCCCCAGACUUUCGACACUGAUAUUUUGGGCUCUGUACAUCUGAUCGUUCCGCUUUUUGCAGGGAUCCCAGAUGGGACUUAGGGCUCUCUAGCAACGUAGGUUUCAACUCUGUAACACCUCUCCUUCCCGGGGUGCUGAGCCCCAAAGUGCACCGUCCCCCUGAAUGUAAUGUGUUUUCAUGUGUAUCCCUGUGUACUGUUGGUAUCUUCCAGGACGGGAGAUGGCUAUCUUUAAACCAGCCCCCUCCUGCCUGGGACUAAGGGAAGUUUAUUGUGUGGAAUGGAGACCCCCUGCGGAGGUCUGUGCAUAAAAGAAGCCUGUUUUCAAUAAAGAUUGGCAGAAGUCAGUGCUUAAACCUCCAAAACUGUGUGUCGUCCUGUUAUUGGAGGGAAGGAAGAUUUAACCCCUGUGUCUGCUGUUCAGCUUGCAGGGAGAUGCAAUGGGGAAAGUCCUUGUAAGGACUAAGAGCUUCCAGGGCUGAGUGUCGUCUCUGCCAGGGUGCGCAUAGAGCUAAGUCCCCUAACCAUGUAAGAGUUCCUGAUCGGCUGAAGGAAGGGAACUAAUGGGAGGUAACUGGUCGGCUUACCGGAGGCGUCCCGUUACAACAACUCUCCUUGUGGGUUCCAUGGGCCUUUUCCCUGUGAGGAUCACAGGGGCAGAACCCUGUGCGUGCGAUACAUGACAUGCUACUUCAGGCCCUCAUGCCUGAGACAUUGGGCGCUCAUGAAGAGGACACACAGUAAGGUUGUCUUGCUGCUUUACGGGAUGACUGUGCACUGCCUUCCUUCUAAUAUUGGAUUUCACCUGUAUCCUCACUAAUAUGCAAGUAUAUUACUAUAUCUAUCGCUUGGCAAAGGGCUGGAUUGCGUUGAGGUUCUGUUAUAUUUAGCAUCAGGUUUGUUAAUCAACCAAUAGGGUGCAUAGAAACAUAGAAUAAGAUAAGAACCAUUCGGCCUAUCUAGUCUGCCCAAUUUUCUAAAUACUUUCAUUAGUCCCUGGCCUUAUCUUAUAGUUAGGAUAGCCUUAAGCCUAUCCCACGCAUGCUUAAACUCCUUUACUGUGUUAACCUCUACCACUUCAGCUGGAAGGCUAUUCCAUUCAUCCACUACCCUCUGUGUAAAGUAAUACUUCCUGAUAUUAUUUUUAAACCUUUGCCCCUCUAAUUUAAGACUGUGUCCUCUUGUUGUGGAAGUUUUUCUUCUUUUAAAUAUAGUCUUCUCCUUUACUGUGUUGAUUCCCUUUAUGUAUUUAAAUGUUUCUAUCAUAUCCCCCCUGUCUCGUCUUUGCGUCAAGCUAUACAUGUUAAGAUCCUUUAACCUUUCCUUGCCUUCUCUCACACGAGUCCAACAAACACUGGUCAGCCACAACAUUAAACCCUCCUGCCUAAUAUUGUGUAGUUUCCCCCUGUGCUGCAAAACAGCUCUGACUCAUGAGGUAUGGAUUGCACAAGCCCUUUAACCCCUUAAGGACCAAACUUCUGGAAUAAAAGGGAAUCAUGACAUGUCAUGUGUCCUUAAGGGGUUAAACAUGUUCUGUGGUAUUUGACACCGCAAUAUAAACAGCCGAUCAUUUAUGUCCUGCAAGUUGCGAGGUGGCGUCUCUAUGCAUCGGAUUUGUUAUUCAGCACAUCCCACAGAUGCUUAAUCAGAUUGAGAUCUGGGGAAUCUGGAGACCAAGUCAUGCUCCUCAAACCAUUCCUGGAAAAUGUUCGCAGUGUGAAUUAUCCUGUUAAAAGUGGCCACUGUCGUCAGGUAACACCAUUGCCAUGAAAGAGUGUACAUGGUCUGCAACAAUCUCUAGGUAUAUAGUAUGUGUCAAAAGUAAUAUCCACAUGAAUGCCAGGGGAAAAAAAUCCAAGUGGUUAUGCCAAAAUAAUAAAUAUUAACAACAUUAAUUAUUUUAUUUAAAUGUAUGUGGGUAGAGAUAACGACCAAACAGACCAAGAAAAACAAAGUUGAAAAUGGUAAUUGUGGAUAUGUCAGAGAACGGAGUUAAAGCCACAUAUGAUGAGUUCUGCUGAAAAUUAGGAAGUUUUAAACACCAGAAUUGUUUUUUUUUUUUUUUUUUUCAUUCUUCUCUUUGCAGUUCAACUGCUGUGGAUUUAAUGGCUACCAAGAUUUCAACAACUCCUUCUAUUACAGACAGCAUUCUCAUCAGUAUCCUGAUGUGUGCUGCCUCUAUUUUAAUCCGUGUACUGCAAGAAACAUCAGCAGCCAGGUGAAGGUAUGGAAUACAGACCUUAAACAUACUCAAACACUCUUAAGUGUCCAGAUUUAUAGAUUCUGUUUCUGAAAAUAGUAAUAUUGUAACCAUCAAAACAGCCCUAGAAUUGACACAGAUUGUAUCCCUAGGGACAAUACAGACAGUUAAACUCCAAAAGGAGAGCAUCAUGCAGACUUUGGUCAGAUAUAUUUACUUGUUACCAGAAACAUGUUUUCCGAAGUACACAUCAACCAUUUAUACCUCAUUUCCAUUUUCAUGUGUGAGGAAAAGUAAAUUAUAGGAAAAUACAACUGUAUGAAAAACAAAAAGAAUAAUGAUAAACAUUUGUGCCUGUGAGCAGGAGCUGAAAGGGGCUUAGACACUUCUUCAGCAAGUGAUUCUCAUUCAUAUUUCCUUCUUAAAGCAGCACUGUCACCAUCUGGAGACUUUGCUUUAUUUGGGGGGAGGCAGGCAAGUUUGAAUUUAACUUACCUGAUCCUGUCCCUUGUAAACGCCUCCAUCUUCUUCCGGCUUGUCAGGAGCAACCAUCACUGCAGUACUUUUGUGAACUCGCAAGAGUAUAGCCUUGAGGUCUGUGGAGCGUCCCACAAAACCACAGAAUACUUCAUAGACAGAGUCAGUUCCCUGCAGCCGUCACUGAUGACAGCUGGGGGAUUGACUCUUCUAGACAGCAGUAACUCCACCCAGUGUCUAGUAGUGUCAGGUGGAGGAAAAAUACUUAGACAAAAUAGUCCCUACUUUGUCUCUGUAUAUCUUUUAAUUGGGUUGGAAUUUCAGUAAAAUUCCAACACUGUCAGUAAUGAUAUUUCAAAAAGAUUUCAUCUUUAGGAAAUACUUAUAUUGCAGGAGGGCGUGAUGGUGCCAGUUUAAAAAGUGUGUCGUUCAUCUCUGUUUAGACAUAUAGGUUGCUACAUUUUACAUGAUUGGAUUCAUAUUGCGCUCUCGCUAAAAUUUGUGUGUUUACCAGGGAUGGCUGAGUCACUUGUCUCUAUUAAAACAGAAGAUCAUGGGAAAAUGAAUGUUUUUUUUAUAUAUUGUCUGUGUAAUGUGUUAAAGUGGUAUUAACUAAUCCAUGGAGAGUCCCUUUAAAAUUAGCUGUUGGCCUUAUACCUGGCUGUAUUCUUAAAACAAAUCUAGACCUUGUGUCAGUUUGCAUCCCUACAGCCAGUGCUAGAACUGACAGGACACUGUAUCUGUAAAAUUAACCAUAGGAUAUCCAUCCAACCUGUUCUAGUUCAUUAUGAUGUAUGCAUAGAAUCUAUGCUAGACCUGCCACUAGGUUCUAUCCCUACAACUUGUAAUAGAGCUCUUACUGGGUUCUAUGCUUACAACCUGUCCUCGUGGUGUCUUGAGGCUCUAUCCCUACAACCUUAUUCUAGAGCUGUUACUAUGCUGUAUGCCCGUAACAAGGUCAUAUCCAUACAACCAGUCCUUGAAUAAUACCAUGCAAUAUCCCUUUAACCAGUCCUUGAAUAAUACCAUGGUAUAUACCUUCAACCAGUCCUUGAAUAAUACAUUGCUAUAUCCCUUCAACCAGUCCUUGAAUAAUACCAGGCCAUAUCCCGACAACCAGUCCUCAAUACCAGGCCAUAUCCCUACAACCAGUCCUCAAUUAAUACCAGGCCAUAUCCCUACAACCAGUCCUCAAUUAAUACCAGGCCAUAUCCCUACAACCAGUCCCCAAUUAAAUAUUAUCAUUUUAGUAUUUAUAUAGCGCCAGCAAAAUUCCAUAGCGCUGUACAAUGUACAAUAAUACCAUGCUAUAUCCCUACAACUAGUCCUCAAUGAAUACCAAGCUAUAUCCCUACAACCAGUCCUCAAUGAAUACCAGGCCAUAUCCAUACAACCAGUCCUCAAUGAAUACCAGGCCAUAUCCCUACAACCAGUCCUCAAUUAAUACCAGGCCAUAUCCCUACAACCAGUCCUCAAUUAAUAUCAGGCCAUAUCCCUGCAACCAGUCCUCAAUUAAUACCAGGCCAUAUCCCUACAGCCAGUCCUCAAUUAAUACCAGGCCAUAUCCCUACAACCAGUCCUCAAUUAAAUAUUAUUAUUUUAUUAUUUAUAUAGCGCCAGCAAAAUUCCAUAGCGCUGUACAAUGUACAAUAAUACCAUGCUAUAUCCCUACAACCAGUCCUCAAUUAAUACCAGGCCAUAUCCCUACAACCAGUCCUCAAUUAAUAUCAGGCCAUAUCCCUGCAACCAGUCCUCAAUUAAUACCAGGCUAUAUCCCUACAACCAGUCCUCAAUUAAUACCAGGCUAUAUCCCUACAACCAGUCCUCAAUUAAUAACCAGGCUAUAUCCCUACAACCAGUCCUCAAUGAAUACCAGGCCAUAUCCAUACAACCAGUCCUCAAUGAAUACCGGGCCAUACCCAUACAACCAGUCCUCAAUGAAUACCAGGCCAUAUCCAUACAACCAGUCCUCAAUGAAUACCAGGCCAUAUCCCUACAACCAGUCCUCAAUGAAUACCAGGCCAUAUCCAUACAACCAAUCCUCAAUGAAUACCAGGCCAUAUCCCUACAACAAGUCCUCAAUGAAUACCAGGCCAUUUUCCUACAACCAGUCCUCAAUUAAUACCAGGCCAUAUUCCUAUAACCAGUCCUCAAUUAAUACCAGGCCAUAUCCCUAAAACCAGUCCUCAGUCAGUACCAGGCCAUAUCCCUACAGCCAGUCCUCAAUUAAUACCAGGCUAUAUUUUAAGUGCUCGGAAUUUCGGGGGGGCGUGGCCAACGACCGCAUGGAGUAGUCGCAAGUCAAGCGAGCUCCAUGAACCGCCGAGCCUAAAGCAACAAUUAUUGAGCCAACAACGCACAAAAAUAUAACUACUGGGAGCACUCACCCUCCAAACAGCUCAAACUAGCGGAAUCGAUCCGUCCCAACAAGAAAGAACGCCCGCGGCAAAAACAAGAUGGCGACGACACAGCCAUGCAAUUCCCAGACCCGGGCACUCUAACGGACGAGGAUACAGUGCAAACCCCUCAGGGAGAAGCACUUGUCACCAAUCACAGUCUCCACACCAUGCUACAAGAUUUAAAAGAAUCUCUAAGAGCGGACUUCAAACAAAUCACCAAAGAAAUCCGGAGAGCCAUCCAGGAACUAGGUGAGCGCACAAGUCGCUUAGAAAACAAAGCGGAAGAAAUCUGCUCGGCACAUAACGAUAUGGUGGAUCAACUACAGAGGUUAGAAAGCGACCAGGCUGCCUUAAAAUUGAUAUUGGCAGAUAUGGAAGACAGAUCCCGCAGGAAUAAUCUCCGAUUUCAGGGAAUACCAGACGCAAUAUCCGCAGAAGCUCUUCCACAACACUUACAGGCCCUAUGCACCAUCCUGGUACCGCACCUCGAGGCUGCCUCUUGGACAUUCGACAGGGUACACAGAUUACCCAGGCCGGCAAGAUUCACAGCGGACACACCGAGAGAUGUGAUAGUUCGCUUCCACUACUAUAAAUCCAAGGAAACAAUCCUAAACGCGACGAGAAAAUUGGAGCCACUACCAGACCCAUACCAAGGCAUCAGCAUAUAUGCCGAUCUGUCAGCAGCAACCAUGGCAAGAAGAAGAGAAUUCAUCAACAUAACCAAGACCCAGACCAAGCUACUGAUAUGGCACAGAGGUAAAACGGAGGUAAUCCUAGAACCAGAAGCUGGUAUGGCGAAAAUCAAAGAAUGGGGCCUCCAUCACAGCCUGGGACAAAAUUCUCCCCAGAAUUCACAACCAAAGAAAAUGAGAACGGAAUGGACAAUGGUGGGAUCACCAUCAAGGCCAACGAUAUGCCAUGAGGACUAACAUUCUGACAUCACCAUGCUGUACCAGAGUUGCUCCAUUCACUUGAGUAUCAAUAAUUGUUAUGAGCACAGUAUUAUACCAUACAGUGUUAGACAUGCAUUUAAUAUCAAUGUAAAGCACAAUAGCGAUGUAUUAAGCCUUAGUUUACAAUACCCACGCUAACGAUGCCAAUAGGGAUAGCUUAAAAAUAUACACGGCCUUACUACACACUAGCUAUGUUAGCAAUACCAACUAGCAAUAUCCCUCGAUUAAUAAGACAAAAUAUACAAAAAGUAUAUAGUUGUGUAGGCGCUUCCAACCUUAAAUACAAACAAUAUGAGUGAGUGUGAAAAAAGGUGUAAUCCCUUAACACCUAAAGACAAAGUAGAAAGAUUAAAUAGAUAGAUUCACACACACCCAGGAAAAGUAUAUACAAAAUAUAUACAUAAAUAGGUAUACCACCUAUUGUAGACGUAAAUAUGUUGGUUACAUCUGAAAAACAAAUGGAACAUACAUAGUGCUUUCCAUAUAAAUUAAAAUAAACAAAUUAUAAUAUUUGCGGAUUAAACUCACAAAGGUGGAGCCUCAUAGGCUCUAUGUACAUCACUCUUGGGUGCCUAUUCAGGCUCUCGAUAGAUUCCUGUUGGAAGAACUCAAGGUCCACAGUAGUAGAUGCAAAUACAAAUUUAUUGCCUUGUGUGCAAUAAAUAAACAAAAGUGGUGACAGUGGGCAACCUUGGCGCAUGCCGUUGCUAAUAUGAAAUUUAUCUGAUAUGAAUCCCGAGUUAAAGAUUCUUGCCGAGGGGGAAUGGUAUAGGGCCAUAAUGCCCCUCAGGGUUUGUGUUGUGAAUCCCAUUUUAAGUAGUGUAGACUUCAUGUAUUCCCAGUUCAAGCGGUCAAAUAUCAUGGUUAGGGAGAGUAAACACUGUUAAAAUGAUGGCAUUACCCCAUAUCCUGUACCUGUUCCGCACCAUACCCAUAACAUUAGGAGACAAACUGCUCCAAAGAUUCCAAAACAUGCUCAAUGCACACAUAUGGAAGAAAAAAACCCCAAGAAUAGCCAGACGUCUCACCUGGCUGUCACCAACCAAAGGCGGCCUCGGCAUGCCAAACAUUAGGGCAUACUAUAGAGCAGCAGUCCUGGAACAAGGGCUGGACACACUAUCACGCACUACCCCCCAAAUCUGGGCCCCCCUAGAAAAUGCCUGCAUACGACCACACACAAUAAACUCUGUGCUGCAGUCUUUUAACUCAUGGGAACCUAACAAACACAAACCCAUGGCUAGUACAAGAUUCUUAAUCAGUAGCUGGAGGAAAUGGGCAAGUUCACUCACCGGCACGAACAACACUAUAUACUUUGCCCCGAUACAAAUAAUCUCAGAACUAUCGGAAGAUAUCAAUAUGGAACCAUGGCGACAUCAGGGAAUAAUCUCGGUGGCACAAUUAUAUUCAGAGGUGGGCCUCAAACCAUUCCCAAUCCUUCAACAGGAAUAUGCACUCCCCUCUAGGGACGUUUUCACAUACAUCAGAACCAAACACAUCCUCCAAUCCCUACAAACUCACCAAUGCAAUGAAACACAACUAACAAAUUUUGAGUUAUACUGUAUAGGCAAACGACCGCAACUAAAACCACUAUCCCUCUGCUACACAGCACUGAACGACGCUGAUCCAUUAUGCAAACACAAAUACAUAGAACAAUGGGAAUCAGAACUAAACAUCAACAUCCCCACUCCAGUAUGGCUGCAAACAAUUCAGACCACAAGAAAAAUGUCCCAUAGCCUGACCCUUUGGGAGGCAUACUGUAAAAUACUGAUGAGGUGGUACUACGUACCUACCAAACUAGCGAACAUGUACCCAUCAGCUUCAAAUGUAUGUUGGAGAUGUACUCUCCACAAGGGAAGCAUGAGGCACAUAUUCUGGGAUUGCCCACUAUUGAGCAAACUUUGGCGAACGAUAGAAAAAGCUAUUGAAAUUUUAACAAUACGCAAAAUACCGUUCACACCAGAACUGCUGCUAGACAACAACAGACACGUCAUUAUACACCUGCUAACAGCAACAAAGACUAGUAUAGCCAGCCACUGGAAAACCACACACACCCUCCCCCCAGGAAGUGUGGAAUAGAAUCGAUAAUGUCUAAAUUAUGAAGGUAUGGCAUACAGAUUAGACGGCCAAGCAGAGACAUAUACUAAAAGAUGGGCAAGUUGGCAUACACACCAUAACACAGUGAAAAAUCUCAAACAAAUACUCUAGAAGACGGGCAGCACAAGUCACAACACAAUACACUACAAUGCAGUGAGCUUCACUACUCAAUUGUCACACUCGAGAUCCAUUACAUCAUAGAUGAUAGGACGGAUAAGUUACUAUUAUGCGCCCAUUCUGCAACUCCCUACAACACAAUGCACACCCGAUGUUGUAAAUUAGGUAUACCAGUUCUCCAGUUCUUCUUCUCCCGAUGUGUCCUCCCCCCCCCCCCACGCUACCCCCUCCAACUCAACUACGAACAUGCAAUUCCUGAGUGCGACACACAAGCCACAUAUAAUCACCUUAACUGAGUCCCAGUUGCAGAAGGGAAAACAGCUGACAUUACCGUCAAUACCAUGAACAUAACCAUCCCGAUGUUCCUACUUCGAUAUGUAGCACAAAAUGUGUAAUCUACCCAUUGUAUAAGGCGACUAAGUUGACUAAAUGCGGAAUUGUGUUGAACGAAUUGUAAUCAGUCAUUCACCCCCCCUCUUUUUCCUUCUGUACCCUAUUGUUUACCCUUUGUCUAUGCAAAAAAAUUCAAUAACAACUAAAAAUUGAAAAAUAAGUGCUCGGAAUUUCAAGUGAAUUUUAAAUUUAAGGCCAAAACAGCCAAACUGAAAACAAUUGACUUGGAGUAUUUCUCUAAAUCGGCUAUUUCAUCCUGAAUUUUAAAAAUCACUUUGAUUUCACAGCAAUUCUAAUUUUCGUAAAUAAGCCUGUUUAUGUUUUCUGUCUUUCCCAUUAGGGUUGCUUUGAAACAUUUGAGCUUUUCCUUAAUAAGAAUGGCAAAGUUGUUGGAGGUGUUGCUUUGGGAAUCUGUGCUCUAGAGGUGAGCAAUAAACAUAACCAGUAAAACAUUUCAAUGCUUCAUAAACUGUAUAUCCUGAUUUAACAACCUUGUUCUUUGAGUGUCCUGAUUGCUGCCACAGGGUUUAUUAAGAGCUCUGUUGUUCUGCUACCAUUCCCCCCCAUCUGAAUGACUGACCAUGCACCUGUAUUUGUUUGCAUUGAUAGCGUGGCAAUGUUACUUAUGUGGGUAAAUGCUUCGUUCACAAAUGCUCAUUAAAUAUGCUUCAGCUUCACCAAUAAAGGAAAUCUAAUAUAUACAUUUUACUUAACAUUAUACCUCACUUGGAUAAAACCAACAUGGUAAUGUUUAACAUUGUUGGGGGAAAAAAGGGACAGAGUCUUUGCACAAAACAGGGCAGGGCCCUCAGCGACUUCUGUUCUUGUACGUUCACCUUGUCUUGCUCCAACCACGUUUGUUAGUCCAACUUUUUACAGCGCUGCUGAAUGUGUUGGCAGUUUAUAAUUAAUUAUAACAAGUUGUUUAGGUGCUUGAAGUGUCUGUAAAGCUCAGUGAUUGUAGGAUGAUGGUAGAGCAGUGAUUAGUCUGGCAUCAAGUUUCUGCAAAUGGCCGUAAAACCUUGCUAUGACUAGGAUUUUGAACUGGACUCUGGUCCCCAUGUGAUAUACUAGGGAGAUAAAUUAAAGACAAUAUUAUCGACAAUCAUUUUGUCUUAUUUAACUGGAGUUUUGUUUCGUUAUUAUUGUACCAUGUGUGUCUUUUUUUCCCCAAUACAGAUUGCAGCCAUGAUAGUCUCCAUGGCUCUCUACUCUAUGAUUGGCAACAAAUAG